UUUUUUUUGUAUCUCUUAAAAGUCAUGAGCUUUUGUCUCUAGAGUUAUUUAAACAAAGUAUCCCCACUCAGCCUGUGUGGACAAGAUUCCUGCUCUUAAAAAGGCGGGACAAGAUGAUCUGAUAGUCCUUUCCAGUCAGUGCUGAGGGAAUGGGAUUUCACAAUCUAUGUAUAUUUGAUGAGGAGAGAUAGUCUCCCAUCCUGAUAAGAGGAGUUUGAUGGGUUCUGGGCUGUGCUGUUUCCCUAUAAUAAAGUUAAAAAAAAAAAAAAGCAACUAGGAAGCAACUACAUUAUCCUUACAUGAUUACUAAAGGAAGGAAAAGCAGGCAAAUACUGGAGGGGCAGUUGACUCUUGAAAAAAGUGAAGGACAUGUAGUGAGUUUCUUAUUUUCUACAGGUUUUAGAUUGAGAACAGGCUUCAGUCUAUGCCAUGUAGGAAGGCUAAAACCUGAUAGAAAGCAAAUGGUUUAUGGAUUUAAAUAACCAGCAACUGGAGUUCAAGGUAAGCUUAGCUUCUGGAAAGAGGGGGAUCCCUGAAAGGAGAGAGUUGGAGAGUAGAGUCCCAAAUUCCACAUAUAAAAUCUGUCCAAAUCUACAGCUUUUGAAUCCUGAGUAACAUGUGUACAGGAGACUCCAUACUUUUAAAAAACCCAUUAAAAACCCAUGCUUUUAAGUCAGGCUAAAACAACAGAACUGAAACUUGAACUGCUGCUUGCUUCAUCGGAGAGACAGUGUUCUGCAGUUUUAUUUCAGCAAAGUUAACUACAUGCUUUAAAAAGAAGUACUCUUCAGAAAAACUUAACAAAAUCCUGAAUUUCUACAGAACAUAAUUCAAAGCAUCCAAUAUACAAUCUAAAAUUAUUCACUGUGUGAUGAAAAAGGAAUACAUGACCUAUUUUCAAGAGCAAAAACAAUCAACAGAGACCAACCUCUAGAUGAACCAGAUGAUGGAAUAGCAAGCAAAGAUUUUAGAGUAGGUAUGGUAUCUUUUCCCAGACAUAAAGGAAAAUACACUCAUAAUAUAUGAAAAUAUAGGAAACCUCAGAAGCGUAAUAGUGGGCAUUCUAGAACUGAAAAAUUGCUCAGCUGUUGUAGAAGACAGAGUGGCACUUCCUCAGAAAACUAAAAAUAGAACUACCAUAUGACCCAGCAAUUCCACUCCUAGGUAUAUACCAAAAAGACUUGAAAGCAGAGACUCAAAAAGAAACUUGUACACCAAUGUUCAUUUCACCACUGUUCAUACAACCAAAAGGUGGAGACAACCUAGAUGCCCAUCAGCAGAUGCAUGGAUAAACAAAGUGGUACAUACAUACAAUGAAUGUUGUAUUAAAUGAUGUAGGAAACAUCAAAAGAAGAUGGAAGGAACACACAGAGUCACUGUACCAGAAAGAAUUUGUCAACAUUCAACCAUAUCAGGAGGUAGCAUAUGAUCAAGAAUGGAUGGUACUAAAGGAAGAGGUCCAAGCUGCAUUGAAGGCACUUGUGAAAAACAAGGCUCUAGGAACUGACAGAAUUCCAGUUGAGAUAUUUCAACAAAGAGAUUCAGCACUGGAGGUGUCCACUCGUCUAUGCCAAAAAUUUGAAAGAUAACUACCUGGCCAACCGACUGGAAGAGAUCCAUAUUUGUACCCAUUCCAAAGAAAGGAGAUCCAACAGAAUUUGGAAAUUAUUGAAUGAUAUCGUUAGUAUCACACACAAGUAAAAUUUUGAUGAAGAUCAUUCAGAAGCAGUUGCAGCAGUGCUUUGACAGGGAACUGCCAGAAAUUCAAGCUGGUUUCAGAAAGAGGAUGUAGAAUGAGGAAUAUCAUUGCUGAUAUCAGAUGGAUCAUGGCUGAAAGCAGAGGAUACCAGAAGGAUGUUUACCUGUGUUUUAUUGACUAUGCAAAGGCAUUCGACUGUGUGGAUCAUAACAAAUUAUGGAUAAUAUUGCAAAGAAUGGAAAUUCCAGAACAUUUAAUUGUGCUCAUGAGGAACCUGUACAUAAACCAAGGGGCGGCCUUUUGAAUGGAACAAGGGGAACUAUGUGGUUUAAAGGGAAGAAAGGUGUGUAUCCUUUCACCAUACUUAUUUAAUCUGUAUGCCAAGGAAAUAAUUUUUAUUUAUUUUGCUUUAAGGGAAAGUUUACAAAUCAAGUCAGUCUCUCCUACAGAAAUUUAUACACACCUUGCUGUGUAACCUUAACUGCUCUCCCCCUAGUGUGAUAGCACAUUCCUCCUCUCCACCCUGUAUUCCCCGUGUCCAUUCAGCCAGCUUCUGUCCCCCUCUGCCUUCUCAUCUCACCUCCAGACAGGGACUGCCCACAUAGUCUCAUGUGUCUACUUGAGCCAAGAAACUCACUGCUCACCAGUAUCAUUUUCUGUCUUAUAGUCUAGCCUAAUCCCUGCUCGAAGAGUUGGUUUUGGGAAUGGUUCCAGUCUUGGGCUAACAGAGGGUCCAGGGGCCAUGACCUCCGGGGUCCCCCCCAGUCUCAGUCAGACCAUUAAGUCUGGUCUUUUUACAAGAAUUUGAGGGCUGCAUCCCACUGUUCUCCUGCUCCAUCAGGGAUUCUCUGUUGUGUUCCCUGUCACAGCAGUCAUUGGUGGUAGCUGGGCACCAUCUAGUUCUUCUGGUCUCAGGCUGAUGGAGUCCCUGGUUUAUGUGGCCCUUGCUGUCUCUUGGGCUCAUAUUUACCUUGUGUCUUUGAUGUUCUUCAUUCUCCUUUGCUGCAGGUGGGUUGAAACCAAUUGAUGCGUCAUAGGUGGCCACUUGCUAGCGUUUAAGACCCUAGACGCCACUCACCAAAAUGGGAUGCAGAACGUUUUCUUAAAACAUUUUCUUAUGCUAAUUGACCUAGAUGUCCCCUGAAACCAUGUUCCCCAGACUCCGUGUCCCUGAUACUCUGGCCUUCAGAGUGUUUGGUUGUAUUCAGAAAACUUCUGAGCGAAUAAUUUGAGAAGCUGGACCAUAUGAAUAAGAAUGGGGCAUCAGGAUUGGAGGAGGACUCAUAACAACCUGUGAUAUGCGGAUGACACAGCCUUGCUUGCUGAACUGAGGAAGACUUGAAGCACUUAUUGUCAAAGAUCAAAUACCACAGCGUUCAGUAUGGAUUACAUCUUAACAUAAAACAAAAAUCCUCACAAUCGGAUCAAUAAGCAACAUUGUGGUAAAUGAAGAAAAGAUUGAUGUUGUCAGGUAUUUCAUUUUACUUGGAUCCACAGUCAACACCUAUGGAAGCAAAGCAAGGAUUGUGAGGAUGAUGCAGGACCCGGCCGCAUUUUGUUCUGUUGUUUAUAGGGUUGCUGUGAGUUGGAACUGACUCGGCACUUAACAAUAAUAACAACAGGGGCUGGGAAGGGGCAAAGGUGGUUAAUAGUGAUGAAAAAAAUCAUAUUAAGAGUAGGGUUGCACAGCUGAUUAUUGUAAUUGCUGCCAAUAAGUUGUAUACCUGUAAAAAGUUGAAUUGGCAAAAGUUGUGUGAUAUAUUUACAACAACAGCAACAACAAAAUUGUAGCUACUUAUGUACAACCAAGUACCUCAUGGGAUUUGGUUCCUUGGUUUGGCGGUUUAUGGUCAUGCUUUCAUGGGACAUCCCAGUUAAUUGACCUAAUAAUGUGCUUGGUGCUUCUCUUCUACCUCCUGGUUCCUUGGGUCUUAAAAGUUUGCAAGUGGCCAUCCAAGGCAGAACAAUUGACCUUUAUUCACUUGAAGCAACAGAGGAAGGAGAGGCAGGAACAGUAGGAAGAUAAGGAAUGUGUGGAUAAUUGCCUCCAUUAACAACUGCCUCCUUUGCCAGGUGAUCAGAAGAACUGGAUAAAGUAGAGAUAAAGUGGCUAGCUACCAUUACUGAACACUUCGAUCAAAGAUUCCAUAGAAGAAUCUUGAUCAAAAGGGGGAAAAUGAAGAAUGGAAUUUCAAACUGUCAUGUAUCCUAGACUUUCUGGAGCCAUAGAGGGUGGAUGAAUCCCUGAAACUAUUUCCCUGAGAUAAUCUUUAAACCUUAAACCAAAAAUAUCCCGUGGAGUCUUCUGAAAACCAAACAAUCCUUUAACUUAGCUAGUAAAAAAGUCUGCUGGGAGCAUUAUGCUCUUUUAAGAACUAUCUAUAUGGGAUCUAAUUGACAAGAGCAGCUCAAAAGAUCAGAUAAUAACCUUAGAGUGCAGUGAGUUUAUGCUAAUGAGGGAGGAACAACUCAGAAAAGGAAGGUGAGAAUGGUUGCAAAACUGAAAUAAUGUAAUCAGUAUCUCUAAAUUGUACUUGUAGAAACGGUUGGAUUGGUGUAUGUUUUGCUGUGUAUAUUCUCAAUAAGAAUAACAAAUAAAAUUUAGAAAAAAAAUGGAAAGGUUUUUCAGGCCAUAGGGACAUGAAACCAGAUGGAAACUUACCUUCGCGAAACAAUGAAGAGCAUAAGAUGUGAUAAAUAUGUGGGUAAAUAAAGACUUUUUUAAAAUCAUAUUUUUCUUUAAAAUACAUAUGACUGUUUAACCCCAGAACUAUGACAUUGUGUUUUGGAGUUUAUUGUGUGUGUAGAUUUAAUAUAUAUGACAUAAGGACUGGGGUAGGGGUGGAGGGUAGGUAGACUUAAAUGGUCUCAAAAUUUUUCAUUUUACAUGAAAUAUAUAUUAAAAAUAUAUAUUGUAAUCCUAGAGCACCUAAGAAGUAAUGUAAGAGGUAUAGCUAAAAAGCCAAAUUAAAAUUACUAAAAAAAAAAAAAAAAAAAAAAAAAAUCAUUUACUUCAGAAGGAAGCAGGAAGGAACAAAGGAACAGAAAACAUAGGGGACAAAAAGCAAGCACAAGUAAAAUCGUAGACCUAAAUCCAGCCAUAUCAAUAAUUACAAUUCACUGUUAAUGGACUAAAUACCCAGUUGAAAUGGGACUAAUAAAACCUGACUUUUUCCUUCUGAGGGAUAUGCAAGCAGAUGUUUUAAACGGGUUUGGAAAUGCUUUGGGAUUUCAGGAGGCGGUGUGUCUAUGGAAACCCUUGUUUUAGCCCUGCAGGAUUGAUACUGGUGGACCGGAUAAAGGAAAAUGAGCUAUUUAAAGCAGACAUGAGAUAUGGGUUCUGGUUUUCCCAGGUCUUUGGACCCUAAUUAAAUACUACAUCGUUUCAGUCAGAGCUAAAAUUGGCUCUUGUUCGAUGCUGAAAACAAGUGGGGCUGGGAUUGAAGCAUGGAACAAGAGGUUUGCUUAUUUUUUCUCCUGCUUCCCCUGACUGCAUCCUGUCCAUCUUUAAGCAAGUUGCUUCUGUUUUCACUAAGCUUUUUUUUUCUUUUAAGGGCAUAUAAUGUGUAGAGCUGUGUGUCGAUAUGUUAAGUCCAACUGCCUUCCAUCUGGGCCUCCUAGGCAGUUUCAAGGAAAAGGUUCCCCCCCUCCCCCAAAUUUUAUUUACCAUGUUGUUGAGAAAGACAAGGCAUUUUGAUGUUUCAGACUGAUACGCAAGAGGCUAGUGUGAGUGACUUUACUAAAUAGUAUCUGAAUCGUCUAAGACAUCCCCUGGGCAUAGAGCAUUUAGCCUGCAAAGUAGCAGUUUUCUACGGUUCUGUGAUGAAGGAAGAGGGGUAUGCAUUGUGCUGCUUCAUUGGGCAAAUAACACUUCUACCCCACAUCCUUCCUCAAGAUAAAAGAUUGGGAAACAUUUUCAUCCAACUUGGAAAAAAUAAAUUAGGGGAUAGCCGAUGGUGUCAUUUCUUGUCUUCUUUUCCUCCUUGGCUGACUUGCCUGAUCUCUGCUAAAACUUUUUGAAGCACCACCCUGAAAAUUAGGCUAAGUUAAGCAUUUUGAGGCUAUUAAUAUGACCAAGAGGGUUUUAGUACAGUGGAGUUAUAUUUCCUUUGAUAGAAGAAUGUUAUUUCUAGGCAUUCUGACAGAAGAGCAAAACUUUCUGUAUAUUUCAGUUGAACUUUGCACUGGAGAUACAGUUAGUCCUCAGUGAAGACAACUUGAAGCACUUACUGAUGAAGGUCAAAGACUACAGCCUUCCAUAUGGAUUACACCUGAAGGUGAGGAAAACAAAAAUCCUCACAAUUGGACUGAUAAACAACAUCAUGAUAAAUGCAGACCAAACUGAAGUUGUCGAUGAUUUCAUUUUACUUGGAUCAGCAGUCAACCAUAUGUGAAUGGAAGUAACAGUCAAGAAAUCAAAUGAUGCAUUGCAUUGGGCAGAUCAGCUGCAAAAGCAAAGAUGUCACUUUGAUGACUAAGGUGCGUCUGAGUCAAGCCAUGGUCUUUUCACAUGCUUCAUGUGCAUGUGAAAGUUGGAUAAUGAACAAGGAAAACAGAAGAAGAAUUGAUGUGUUUGAACUGUGGUGUUGGUGAAAAACACUGAAUAUACCAUGGACCGCCAAAAGAAUGAAUAAAACGGUCUUAGAAGAAAUACAGCCAGAAUGUUCCUUAGAAGUGAGGAUGGCAAGACUUCUACUCACUUUGUGCAUGUCAUUAGAAAAGACCAAUUGCUUGAAAAGAGUGUCAUAUUUGGUAAAGUAGAGGGCCAAGGAAAAUGAGGGAAACUCUCAAUGAGAUGGAUUGACACAAUAGUGGCAACAAUGGACUCAAACAUACUAACGAUAAUGGAAAUGAUGCAGGACCACAGUGUUUUGUUUUGUUAUACAUAAUGUCGCCAUGACGACAAGUAACAAAGCCCUCAGUGUAUCCAUUGACCUGAAUCUCACUUAAGGGCUCGCGUUCUGUUAGUGAUAGCACUAUAUCACCCAUGUGACGUCUGCCUUGGAUCCUUUUUGAACUGAGAUGGGGUAUAAAUUAAAGAAAAAAAAAUCUGUAGUCUUAGAAAAGUCACUCAGUUUCUCUGGAUCUUGUAAAUAAAUUGAGUUAAUUGGACACCUCUGGAGAUGCUGGAUCUGUAAGGCCAGGGUAUGGGCGAGGGCUUAGUAUGGUUAUAUUUUCAACAAUCUUCAUUGGUGAUUCUUUUGCUGAGCUGUAAAGGCCUCUCCAGGUUGUAACAUUCUGUAGCAUUCGUAAGUGUCAGGGAAGAUGAUUUUUGCGUGUAAACUCUUUUAAAAUGUUGGUCUGUUUAGGAUCACAUGAUAUUUUUAUCUCCUCUGGGUUCCCUCCUACGGCAACCUCACUCAACAAUUCCUUUGAUAAUUUUGAUCAGCUUAUCCUGAGGAAUGGAAAGACUCCAUAAAGAUUUUUCUAGUCAGUUCUAGAAGGCAGAAUUUGUAUGGGAAAGUUCCCAAAGCUCCGGUACAGGGGAGAUUGUCUGUGCAGUUGUGACUUGUUUCAGGAUCAUUACCUGACCUUGGUUAGAGAUUCUUUAUGAGUUUUGGAGGAUGGUUUUAUUUCCUAGGGUACAUUGAGAUAAUAUGAAUGUUUCUUCAAAAAUAGUUUCCACUUAAAGGCACAAAGGCAGUUGUCAGGGGACAGGGGCUGAAUGAUGCACUCUUUCACUGGAGGAUGACUGGAAGAAUCAUACCAGCAAUUUGUUGAGAGCGCUUACCUGAAAUUGUUGAUUUCUGCCUCUUAACUGGGUGCUGGUUUGACUGCAUCAGUGAGAGUCUGGUGGUUAAUCCUUUGCUUGUUCUUUUUGGCACAGCCAGGGGCAUUUUCAGAGAUAAAAUAAGUCAACGGAGGUUAAGCCCUAGUCAAACAGGUGUGGAUGAGUUAAGGGAGGUUUGGAGCUGAAGUAUGAGAGAGAACUGUAUUGUGGGAAUGGUCCUCUAGUCAGGAAGCAGUUUAGGAGGAAGAGACAAAUAGUGGGAAGUUUUACCAGCCUAGCCAAUGAGUAGGAUCGUGGGUGUAUCUAUCAACUUUUUGCUGGCCAAACUGAUCAUCAAACUUUACACUUCCUACUUAGCUUUAAACUUUAAAUAAAUGGAGAUAAAUAAGAACAAAGGACAGAGGAAUUGAAAUCAUAUAAAUAUAGUUAUCAAAGCUCUCGGAGAGAGCUUCUAGGAUCGAGGACUUCUUUAAAAACAGUACUACUGAUGCUUUUUUCCUCUGAUUCAUAAUUCCUCUGGCAAUCACAGUCUAUAUUACCUAUGCUAUCACUCACUCCUUCUCGUCUGCCUAACUCUUUGAAAGAGUUGCCCCACUCAUUGCCUUUACAAGUUGACCUCCUAUUCAACCCUUCACUCUUGGUAUUCAAACAUCAUCAUCGUUAGGUGCUGUCUAGUCAGUUCUGAAUCUUAGUGACCCUAUGUACCACAGAAUGAAAUACUUCCUGGUCCUGCACCAUCCUCACAAUUGUAGCUAUGCUUGAGCCCGUUGUUGCAGACACUGUGUCAGUCUAUCUCAUUGAGGGUCUUCCUCUUUUUCAGUGACCCUCUACUUUACCAAGCAUGAUAUCCCUCUCCAGGAACUGAUCCCUCCUGACAACAAGUCCAAAGUAUGUGAGAUGCAGUCUCACCAUCCUUGCUUCCAAGGAGCACUCUGGUUUUACACCCUCCAAGACAGAUAUGUUCAUUUUUUUGGCAGUCCAUGAUAUAGUCACUAUUCUUUGCCAGCACCACAAUUUAAAGGCAUCAAUUCCUCUUUGGUCUUCCUUAUUCACUGUCCAGCUUUUGCAUGCAUAUGGGGGGCGUUUGAAAACACCAUGGCUUGCGUCAGGCGCACUUUAGUCCUCAAGGUGACAUCUUUGCUUUGUAACACUUUAAAGAGAUCUCUUGCAGCCAGUUUGCCCAAUGGAAUGUGUCUUUUGAUUUGAUUUGACUGGGGGCUUGCUGGAAAAGCCAAAUUGUGGGCCCCACAUCAGGCCUACUGAGUUAGAAUCCAACCUCAUUUGAACAGGAUCCCCAGGUGAUUUAUGGCACAUUAAAAUACUUUCUUGAAGGCCUUAGAUGGUCUUCUAAUCACAAAAUCUAAAGUUUAGUUCUUGUUCUUCCUUCUCCUGACCUCCUCUCAUUUGACCUGGUUUUCCUCUUGAAAGCUUCUCUCUCUUUGACUUCUGUAAAAUAGCUCUAUCCAGAUCUUCUUUACCCUUUGCUGACCAUUCUUUCCCUCAAUCAUAUUCUGGCCCCCUUUCCUCCUAUCAAUUCCAAAAUACAGUUUUCACAGUUUGUCUCCAGUUCCACUUUCUCUCUCUCCCAAGGUUCAGCCCCACUAUUCUGAUUGUCUUCUGGACAGCUCCACAUUGGAUGUCUCCCUGGAACCUCAGAAUUACUCUGUCUAAAUCAGCUUAUCUUUUCUUCUACUCCAUGUGAUGGCUUCUCUUCUUGCCUUCCUUACUUCACUUAAUGAUACCCCAGAGUGGCCUCAGCAUCAUCCUUGACUUCUUCCUCUGCUUCCUCCCUUAUCCAGUCAGUCACCAGAUUGUACCUCCACCGUGCAUCUUGAGUUCUGAUUUUCUCAUCUCAACUUUACAAUUCUAGCCCCUACCUAAUCCUAUUUCUCUGGCCCUCGACUGUCAGAUUGCGUUUUCUAGAUAUUCUAAUGAUGCCCCUCCUCUGAUCCAAAGCACUUAAUGUUUCUCCACUGCCUUCAGAGGUAAGGAUCAUCUCUUCAGUGCAGGCUUCAAGGCUGUGCAUGUUUGAGCCCCACUCCAUUCCUUUAGCUGCAUUUCCUGCUAUUCUCUAUAAGUGCCCUAUGCUUGGCCAAACUGAAGUCCUGUUUCUACUCACUGGAAUUGCCCUACUAACUAAAGAUGGCCUUUGGAAUCUGGAAUAAGAUUCUACUCCAGAUUAUUACAAGGAUGGAUUGUGAACCAUAAUUGUGAUGAGCCAGUGUGGGUUCACUAUGUAUGGGUCAGGUCAUAUGAUCUUUUUUUUUUUUUUUACAUAAUAGAUAAGGGAAGCAUGUUAAGCACCAUGUAUCUGAAGUUCAGGAAGGCAUUUGAUACUGAAUUUGUGCUAAACAACUCUACCAAAAGAGGGCACCUAAGUGGAGCUAUGCUGGUUUAGAGGAGUGUUUCUUGUGCUUCCCCACAGAAUUUGGUCUUGUGCCUGGUACUUUGAAAAUGUAUUUAUCAGUGACUUAGGUGAAGAUACUAGAAAGCACAUGUAUCGCAUUUGUGGGAGACAGAGCUGGAGGAUGGUAGAAUCAGGUAAUAGAAUGAUGACUCCUCAGUAUUUUUUCAGCUACAAUAUAUGGGCCAAAUCAGAAGAGAUGAACUUGAAGAUUACACUUGUGUUUGGGCCCCCAAAUCAACUGUUCACGCAAGGUAACAGGAUAGGGGUGAUGUGUGAGAAAAAAUUGUUUUAUUUGGUAUCUUCAGACAUCUGGAUGUGAGUGUUUAAGAAGCAUAUUAUUUGGAAAAAGGUUCAAUAAUAGAAGCACAUUAUCUGGAAAAAGGAGGAAAGCCGCACCUAGAAUACUCUACUCCGUUUUGGGCCCCACAUAUUAAGUGGGAAGUAGACAGAUGGAAAUCUUUUUUAAGGGGAGUAUGACCAGAGUUGCUUGGCUUGGGUGUGGCUGUGUGUGAUGAGAUCAACUUCACGGCCUUUGAUGUUCCUUUCAAGCCCUGUUUUACUCAGUUGUAGGUUCCCUGGUACAGGGUAAUGUGAUCUCAUUAUUGUUUUUUAAGGUAUUUAUCACAGUACUUUGCUCAAGGUAUAUGUUAAUAAAUAUUAUUGACUGAAUGUUGUUAGUGUAAUGUAAGUUUUGCCUUUUGAGCUAAAAUGAAUUUCCUCGAGGGUACACUGUUGUUGUUAGUUGCCAUCGAGUUGAUUCUGACUCAUGGUGACCCCGUGCAUGCAGAGUACAGGUUCUCCAUAGUGAUUUCAAGGCUGCGACUUUUCAGAAGCAAAUCACUAGGUCUGUCUUCUGAGAUGUCUGUGGGUGGGUUCCAACCACCAAUCUUUUGGCUAGUAGUUGAGAACUUUCACCAUUUGUAACCACCUAGCAACAUCUAUUGAGGGCACAUACCAUGUAUUACGUUUCUUUUGUAUCGUUUCCAGGACUUGGGUUGGGGUUGGAUUUUCAGGAGUUUUUUUGGCACACUUACUAAGUACAUGUUUCAGGUCACAAAAUUAAGUGUUGGGAGAAACCCAUCAGACAUCUCAUACUAUUCCCCAAGUUUUCCUUUUCUAUUAUAUAAAAACAAGGGAACAAUGUGGUGAGUGGAAGGAGCAUUGGACCAGGAGUUAAAAGCCUUGGUUUCUGGAGCCUUCUGUUGCACUAACUAGCUCACAUUGGGCAAGUCCGACCUCUCACUACAGGAUCUGAUGAUGAGGGAGAGGUGGGAUGGAGAGUGUAAUGGCUGCUAACAGAGUCAGUCAUCUGAAUGCUGCAGCUGGGCUUCUCCCAGCCAUUUGGUAUUGGUAUGGUACUGAAAUGCUUUAAGGUGACACAAUUAAGGUACUUAAUCAUUUGCAAGUUUAAGUUCCUUUCAGCUGGCCUAGAAGCAGCAGAAAUUGCAUAGUUUGCUUCCUGGGAGAUUGCAGCCUAAGACCAAUAACUCACUUGUGUCUGUACAGCUGUUAUGUGCUAUUCACUGGCAGGUGUGACUAAUUCCACAGCGGAUACCACCUCCUUGAUGAAUGUGUGCUUCUAAAGUAGCUCGUUCAUGAGUAUCUGUGAGAGAGCACGUUUUUGGAAGGGUGUGGAGCCCCUCUUUGUUGUUACUGGUGGAGCUGAACCCACUUCUGAGAGACUUGGAUUAAUGUUGGUGCUAUUUCCUGAGGGCAACUCUGCUCUCUGCAGAGCCUCUCCUGGCAUAUGCCCUCAGUUCUUGGUACUCUCUUUCUUCUUGUUCUUUCUCUGAAUUGUUAUAGCUCUCUGGAAUGAGUAGGCAUGCUUCUGAAAGCACAUUUAUUUGAAGGGGGACAAAAUGGUCAUACUGAGGGGCAAAACUAAAAGCGUAAGACCCAACAUGGGCAUGCUGCUGUCUGGAAAGAAAGCAUUGGUUUCUCUAGACCGGUUAAGUGGUUACGAAAACAUGCAAAAAAAAAAAAAAAAAAAAAAAAAAAAUCUGUUACCUACUGUUCAAUCUUUAAAGAGUUAAAACUUGGAGUGGCAUUUACUAUUUAAUUUAUGUUUAGCUUUGUUCUUAAAAGAAAAAAAAACUUAGAAAAAAAAAUCGCGUUUCAUUAAUGUGCCGUGCCAGCUUAGAUUAUUUCCCCUGUCAGUUUAGCAAUCAACAGUAAUAAAAAUCCGAAUAUAAAAUUUUCAUACAUUUACAGUAGUAUAAAGGCAUUAAGAGGAAACCCUUUAAAACAUUUUCCAUUUUCAUUUCACUUAGCAGGUGCUACAUAUCAAGCUAUUAUUUACCCAGCUAAAAUGAGCUGGAAAGUGAUCCAAGUUGGUAAAGUGCCUGUAGACAAAUAACACAAUUGGUAUUUUUCUCCUUCUGAUUAUGCCCAGCCAAAGGGAUUAGUUUUAGCAUAAAUAGAUCAAGGGUGAUGCUAAAGUUAUGCAGGAUUACUUGGGGACUGUUGAGGUGAGUGGUGGUGAGCUAGCCAGUGGAAAACGUCAUUUUUCAUGCCUUUGCUGACUGGAUAGCUCACAUGUGCGGAGGCAGUUUUAUUUAAGGCAUGGCCAAUUCUAUUCUCCAGGCUGAUGGAGUAGAGCAUCUGGGAUAAUUCAAAGUGAGCAGAUAAUCCACAAGAUAUUUCUGUUUAGCUUUGGAAGGUAUACAGUAUAUUAAGACUAGCUUAUAUUUAUACAGCUAUUUCCAGUUGAAAAAGUGCUCUUGUGUACCACUGGUCUAAUAGAUAUGCCAAAGAGGAAACGAGGUGUUAGUCCCGAUUUUGCUCUUAAUUGGAUACAUGACGUUAGGCAAGUCAGCCAGUAUCUUUGUAUUUCCUCAUCUAUAAAAUGGGAAUAAUGAUCAAACCUGCCUUUUCUAGCUUUUAAGGGAUUGUGGGUUUGAGAUGAUAGGUUUGAAAGUAUCUUGAAAAGUUUAAAAGGACUACAUUGAUCCAUUUACUUAUUUAAAUACCUUUAUUCGAUGGCACUAGUUUUUUUUUUAUUCAUUGCUUACCCUGUUUCACCAGUCGUCUGUCAGUUUGUCAUACUGUGGUGGCUUGUGUGUUGCUGUGAUACUGGAAGCUGUGCCACUGAUAUUUCAAAUACCAUCAGGGCCACCCAUGGGGGACAGGUUUUAGCAGAGCUUCCAAAGUAAGACAGACUAGGAAGAAAGGCCUGACGAGCUACUGAAAAUUAGCCGAUGAAAACCUUAUGGAUCACAACAGGACAUUGACUUGUUUGCUUUGGACAUGUCAUUAAGAUGGAUUAACCCCUGAAGGAGGACAUCAUAUUUGGUUAACUAGAGGACCAGAGAGGGCAAGGGAGAUCCUUAGUGAGAUGGAUUGGCAUAAUAGCUGCCAUGAUGAACUUGAACAUGUUGGUGAUCAUGAGGAUGACACAGGACUGGCAGUGUUUCGUUCUGUUGUACAUAGGUCACCAUAAGCUGGAGUUGACUUGAUGACAGGUAUCUAUAUCUCCUUCAAUUCCUCCCUCCGGAACUCUGUUAGACCUGGAGAUACAGUGGUGGACAGGAGACAGAGCAAAUAUUUAGCUCACAAUAUGAGAUUACCAUUCUCUUUUUCUUGGGAUAUUUUUGAAAAGAAUAGAACUUCUUGAAUUUAUACUCACUGGGUUUGAUGCAGUAGGAUUGAGCAGGGGGCAGAGGAAGGAACUAGCGUGGAAAUACUUUCUACAUCUAAAUACUGAUGGAAACCCUGGUGACGUAGUGGUUACGUGCUAUGGCUGCUAACCAAAAGGUCAGCAGUUUGAGUCUACCAGGCACUCCUUGGAAACUGUAUGGGGCAGUUCUACUCUGUCCUAUAAGGUUGCUAUGAGUUGGAAUCGACUAGACAGCAACGGGAUAAAUAAUGAUGUGAGAAAUCGUAAACUCAGUGUUCUUAUUUGAACUGAGUAUGUAAUCUAUAUCAAAAGGAGGAAUUUUUAAUCUUAGGGUCACUAGACUGAACUUCGCAGGGCCCGGGAACAACCCAAAAUUGGCUCACUGCAAAGGCUGAGAAUUUUUGAAUUAAUGUAUACUUUCUUUUCCCCAGGGCAUGUGAUAGCAAAGAUAUUUAGAAGGUUUCUCUUAGAUUAAAUGUUUUGUCAAAGUCCCAGCCUUGGUGCCAUUGAUUUGCACAAAGCCUCAUCUGUAAAAUGUGGAAGUCAUUAAGUACUCUUCUGAGAAGUCCUUUUGGCUCUAAAAUCCCAUUAUCAUAAUUUCAAUUUCUUGUAGUAGAAGUGAAAAUAUUUAAUCCACUUUACCCAAUCACUUCUGUAACCUCCCUCCAAUCUGAUAAUAAUUUGGAAUUGGUCUUUACUAAAAGGCAUACUUCUUUGACAUUUUAGCUAAUCUGGAAAUGACCGUGUAGUUUGAGGAGAGAGUUUUUAUAUGGGUAUUGGGGAAGCUUUAAAUUUCUGUAUGAUUUGACCAUGGUUCUGCCUGUUGCAUGGGAAGCAUUCAGAUCUGCCAUCUUCAGAGACUGAUGUGGCGAUGGAUGGAUGGUCUUGUUAUUCUUAGUCUUGUAACUGAACUCACAAGAUAGUUAUAUAGAUUGGUUAACAUAUAUGACCCCUGAGCACAUGCGGUGGAUUUUGGUUAAAGCAGUUGCAAUUAUAGAUAGAAGUUGAUUCACAUGAGGUUCCUUUCCUUUCUCAGAGUUCCAGUGUUACAUUCUGCCAUGGUGUUUACAGGUGUGAUUAUAGUGUCAUGUAAUUAAAGACUGUGUGGUAAGUGUUGAGACAGAUGACAGGUGGGGCAGACACUGUUUUGUAGCCUUCCCAGCAGGCAUUCCCUUCUUCCUUCUUGCCAGAAAAGUUGUGACUUUGUCUGGAUGUUUCCCCUUAUCCAUUUUACCUAUAUAUCUAGCAUUAGGGGUUAAAUCUGGACUAUUUUAAGACAGAUAUUGGGAUCCUAUUCCCCUUGCCUAUGACUAGUUUAGAAAUGGGCGUGUGACACUGUUUCGGCCAAUGAGCACAAGGGAAGAUCUGCCAAGUGGCUUCAGCAAAGGUUUCUGUCCUCUUAAAAAGAGACACAAGUAAUCCACUAGAUCUGCUAAGUCUACACGAGACUUUUGGAACUCCAUUGUGAGAUCUGAUGAUUUGUGGAAAAGCUGGUACAAAGAGAGGGAAAUAUGAUAAGAUCCUGGGAAACUUGACUCUAUUCUCUAGCACUGAUUUCUGAGCCUGUUAAAUCUAUCUGAUCCAAAUGAUCCUUAUUGUCUUAGUCUUCAAAUCUUGAUCUCUUAUUUUUAAGCCUUCAAAAUUUAUAAUUAUGAUUAUUUUUAGUAUUCCAUGCUUAAUUAGAUUUAACAAUAUAGAUUAAAACCUCUGUUCUCACUCCCUGUCCUCUUUUCCUGCUUUAUUUUUCUCAGUACACUUACCACCAUUUGUCAGAUCAUAUGUAACAAAGCAAGGACUUUGUUUUAUUUACUUUGGUAUCCCCCACCACCACACCCACUGCCCUCGAGUGGAUUCCGACUCAUACAGUGAGUCUAAAAGUGCCUGGCAUGUAAGAGAGAGUGCUCAAUAAAUAUUUGUGGGGUAAAUGUUUUACCAGUUUAUAUGAUUCAUUGCUGCUUCUAUUCACUCUUCUGGUUUCAGUUUGUGCUAAGUACAGUGUUGAGUAGAUCUUUCAGUGAUGAUUUAAAUGUAGGAAUUUUCUCACUUUGUCUGAAGAUGUCUUACUUUGGCAUAAAGAUAAGUACAAUUUAGCUGGGUAUAAAAUUCUAGUCAGUUAUUUUUCCCUCAACACUUUGAAUCUAUUAUUUUGUUGUCUUCUGGAAUUUAUUGUUACUGAUUGAAGUUUGUUCUAAGCCUUCCAUUUCUUUGAGGGUAAUUUGUCUUUUCUCUGUACUUUCUUUAAAGAUUUUUCUCCUUGCUUUCAGGUUUUUCAUUACAUUACUGUUCUCUGUGUCUGGAUAUUUAAAUUUAAAAUCAUUAGGACUGAGGGAGCUUACUCAGUCUAAGAAUUCAUGUCUUUAUUUUUUCUCCCUUUCUGGGAUAUUUCCAGCUGUUAUCUUUUUUGAUUAUUACCUUUUCCCCCUUCUCUUUUCUUCUUUCGAAACGCACAUUAGCUUGUAUCAUGGAUCUUAUUCUAUCCUCCUUGUCACAUGUAUUUCUAAAUAUCACCUCUUUAUCUCGUUUUCCUGAUACUGGAUAAUUUACUCAGAUUUAUCAUAGGUUCACAAAUUCUCUUUUCAGUUGUAUCUAAUCUGUUUAGCUCAUCUAACUGAAUCAAAAUAAAAAUUUUAAUAUGAGUGCUGUAUUUUAUUUCUAGGUGUUCUCCUUAUUCUUUAUUUUAAACAAAUCUGCCUUCUUUUUUGUAUCUUCUUUCAUUCUUCAUUUAAAAAAAUUUUAUUGUGAUAAAUAUAUAUACCAAAAAUUUUGCCAUUUUAACCAUUUUUUAAGUGUACAAUUCAGUGACAUUAAUUACAUUCAGCAUUUGUGCAACUGUUACCAUUCCCCAUUUCCAAAACUUUUUCAUCAUCCCAAACAGAAACCCUGAACCCAUUGAACAAUAACUUGUCAUUCUCCCCCCUUGCCAGCCUCGGGUAACUACUAAUAAACUUUUCUCUCUAUGCAUUUGCUUAUUCUAGCUCUUAUGUAUAAGUGGGAUCAUACAAUAUUUAUCCUUUUGCAUCUAACUUUUUCACUUAGCAUGAUGUUUUCAAGGUUGAUCCAUGUUGUAGGAUGAAUUAGAACUUCAUUUUUCUCUAUUUUUGAAUGAUACAUGUAUAUCACACUUUGUUUAUCCAUACAUCUGUGGAUGGACCCUUAGGUUGUUUUUACCUUUUGGCUAUUGUGAAUAGUACUGCAGUGAACAUUGAUGCACAAGUAUCUAUUUGAGUCCCUGCAUUCAGUUCUUUUGAAUAUAUACUUAGAAGUGGAAUUGCUGGAUAUGGUAAUUCUAUCUUCAGCUUUUUGAGAAACUUCUAAACCGUUCUCUACAGCAGCUGUACCAUUUUACAUUCCCACCAGCAAUGCAUGAAGAUUCCAAUUUCUCCAUAUCCUAGCCAACACUUGUUGUUUUUCGUUUUUCUAAUAAUAACCGUACUAGUGGGUGUGAAGUGGUAUCUCAUUGUGGUUUUGAUUUGCAUUUCCCUAAUGAUUAAUGACAUUGAGCAUCAUUUCAUCUACUCACUGACAAUUUGUAUAUCUUUCCUAGAGAAAUGUCUGUUCAAAUCCUUUGCCCAUUUUUUGGUUAGUUUUUUUUGCUUUUUUGUGGUUGGAGUUGGAUAUUAAACCCUUAUCAGAUUUAUGGUUUCCAAUUCUGUAGGUUAUCCUUCCACUCUUCAUAAAGUCCUUUGGUGCAGAAAAAUUUUUAAUUUUGGUGAGGUCCAAUUUGUCUUUUGUUGCUUAUGCUUUUGGUUUUAUAUCUAAGAUGCAUUGUAAAAAAGCCUUUAAGCUUUACCCUUGUUUUUUUUUUUUUUUUCCUAACAAUUUUAUGGUUUUUGUCCUUACGCUUAGUUCAUUGAUCCACUCCAGACUUUCCAUUACUAGUAUGUCUGAUGAGCUCAUCCUUCUAAUUAGCCAGGUUUUCUUCCUGGACCUCAAAGACUCAGAUCUUCAACUCUCCAGCUGAAUGUAUUUCCUGAAACUUAAUAUCUCCAGAGCUGACAUCAUCACCUUCCUCCCACCCACCCUAACCUUCCCCUGCUCUUGUGUUUUUUCAUUUGUUGUCACCCUUCUUCAGUUCUCAUCAAUUCCCCUUUCUCUUCUCCUCUUACAUACCCACCAGUCAGUCACUGAGCCCUUCUGAUUUUACCACCUAAACAUUUCUUGAAUUUAUCCCUUCUCCAGAGCCCUGGUUCAAACUCUUCUCCUUUUUCAGCAGGUCUACUGUUUUUUUUUUACUGCUGAUAUCUCUCUUCCUUUUUGCCUCUGCAAUUCCAUUUUCCACACAGUUUCCUGAAGACAAACUUGACCCUACCAGUGCCUACUCAGAACCCACAGUAAUUGCUCUUCCCCUCUGGGAUGAAGUCUCAUCUCCUUCAUGUGGUUUGCUUUCUUCCUGCUAUACCCUGCCUUCAGUCAGGUUUUACUCUCUGACAUCAUGGCACUGUCUGUAGUUCCCUGCAUGUCAGUACCCCCCUGCCCCCUUGUCAAGCCUUUUACUGACUCCAUUUCUUUGCUCAUGUGGUUACCUGUGCUAGAAGCUGCCUUCAUCUUCAUUCCACUGACCACCUCUGUUCAUCCUUUCAGGUGUAUUUUAUGUGUAAUCUUCUCUAGGAAUCUUUUCCUUUUCUUCCUUACCUCAAAUUGGCUUUUAUGUCCCUCUCAUUUGUUCUCAUUAUUCUCCAUGUAUGGGUCUAUUAUUAUAAUCCUUUUUUUUGUGUCUGAGUCCCAUAUAAUACUGUGAACCCUUGAGGAAAGAAUUAUGUGUUACUCAAUUUUGCAUCCUGAGCACCUAGCACACAGUGGGUAUUCAGUAACUGUUUAGAUGGAUAUGUGGAUGGAGGAGUUAGUGACUGAAUAAAUGCGUGAGUUGUUCAGAGAGUGGGAGUUCUCUGGGGAAUACAACAGUCCUGGAUGGCCUCUUAGAGAAGGCAGCGUAUUCGGUGGGCUGUGUAGAAUUUGAAAUGAAGUUGGUGAAAGGUGAGUGGGACAAGUAUAAAACUAAAUUUGCUGUUUUUGUGUCUCUUUUUGGGUGCUUUGCAAGUCUCUGACUGAUUGCAACAGCGGGCAACUAAUGGCCAAGAGCAUUCUGACAGGCCUGCUGACAGGCGAUAAUGAGAUUAGUGCCUUUUGAUUCCAUUAUUAACGAGUAGCCAAAGAAUCAUUUGGACAUGUCAGCAGCUAAUGAUAGGAAUUAAGUUCAGGUACCUGAGGCUUUGGAGGGUAAUUUCAGGCAUUUUUUUUUUUCAAAAUAUCAUUCUUAAAUCAACAUUUUAAUUAAAGUAGAACAUAAAUACAAAAAAGCACACAUCAGAUUGAUUAUCACAAAGUGAACAAACCAGUGUAGUCAGCAUUCAGAUCAGGAUAUAGAAUAUUCCAGCACCCCAGAGCCAGAAGCCCCCCUUGUGCCUCUUCCAGUCACCACUUUACCCUUCCCCCUACCAAGGGUAACCACGAUCUUGUCCUCUAACAGCAGAGAUUAGUUUUGUCUAUUUUAAAAUUUUAUGUAAACGCAAUCAUAUUGUAUGCCCUCUUCAGUUUCUGGCUUAUUUGUGCAAUAUUAUAUUUGCGAGACUCAUUCAUGUUGAUGUAGCAAUGUUCACGCAUUCUCAUGGCUAUAUCUUAUUCUACUGUGUGGAUAUGCCAGAUUUUUAAAAGCGGUUCUACUGUUGGUGGACAUUUGGGUCGUUACCAGUUUUUGGCUAUGAUGAAUAGGGCUGCUGUGAACAUUGUUCUCUGUCUUUUGGUGAACUUACAUAUCCAUUUCUGAUGAGUACAUACCUCAGAGUGGAAUUGCUGGGCUAUAGAGUGUGCGUUUAUAUGUUCAAUAUUAGUAGAUACUGCCCAACAGUUUUCCAAAGUGGUGGCACUACUUUAUAUUUUUGCCUGGUGUCACACACUUGCCCAUAUUUAUUUUUCAAGUAUAAUAAAAUCUCAUUUAUUUUGAGCCCAUCAGUGUAGAACUUGGGAUGGUAUGCAUAUAGGCCAAACUGAAAUUUGCAUUCAUAGUAGCUUUUAAUAGUGGAUUGCAAAGGAUGUUAGCAACAUGUUAUAAUAGUCAGGCUUGUGUGUUUUUCUGUUGAGGGGAAGCCAUUGAGUAUUUUAGAAACCUCUCAAGACAAAUAAUAUGCCUAGAUAAUAUAUUGUUAUUGAAGUUUUUACUUUGUUAACCUUUUUUAUACGUACAUACAUAUAAUUAACGAAACUAUUUAAAAAGGUGCAUGUUAUAAAAUGAAUAGAUUAAUUUGCAUUACUUUAGAGUCUCUCAUGGUGUGCCACAAUGCUCAUGGUUUUGUGAGGGUUGCCUCGACUAAGGCAGUUGAUGGUCAAAUCUUUGGAAAACUUGAACCAUCUAGAAUCAGUAGUUUUAAAUGACAGAGUUGAGAUCCAAAGAAUGGGAAGUUAGAUGGCCCCAAUCUAACAUGAUAGGUUGCUCGCCUGUAUGGAUGACCACCCUUCGACUGUGUGCCCUUCAUCUGUGGUCUGAGGCUGGAAGUGUGACUCAUUGGUUCAAAUGGUGGUCCUUCAGAACCAUUCCUUCAUCAGGGCUGUGGGCAGAGCCAGGAACCUUAGAUGAGGCAGUGUGUGAUGGCUGUCUCUCGUAUAACCACUAAAAUCUUGUCUGUAAGGCCACUUUUUGUGCAACUGAAUGCUGGAGAAAGAGAAAUGGAAAGGGGUUCUUGUGUUUUUUUUAAUGAAACUAGGCACUGUUUUCAUCUAUUUACUGAGAAUCUCAAGUUAGCAUCAUGUUCCCAGUGUGGCUACUUCCUGUUGUCCUGUGAACCCAACAAAAUCUGGGAGAAGUGCAAUUGGAUGGCGUGAAGAAUACAUUAUGGGGAUGUGAAGAGAAAGAGAAUCUGUGGGUAAGGCAGAGAAGGAAAUGGCAGAGCAGAGUGUGGUACUGGGAGGAGGGGUACCUGGGAAGUGUGCUACCAAGAUAUCCAGAAGGUAAAGAAAGGGCCGAAGAAAGAAAGUAGAACAACUGGAGCUGUAGUCCUUCUACCAAGAGAAUGCUGAGUUGUGGGUGUCACAGUAAUUUCCUGGUCAGUUUAAGGCCAAAAUUCAUAGAAACUUCCCCCAGUCCAGUCCAUGCUAGUUCUUGCCCAGUCCACGCUAGUUCCUUCCUUUCCUUAUUAAGGCCACACAAGCCUGGCACAAGUGUUUUAAUAUUCUAACACUCUGUGAGUGGAGGUUUAUUUAUUUAUCAAUUUCAGUUUUCUAAUAGGUAAUAUAUCCACAUGAUUUAAAAAUUAAAGGAUACGAAAGGUAAUUAUAAAGUUUUCUUGCCAUUUUGUCCCUUAUCCCCAAAUAUAACUUUUACUGUUUAUUAUUAUUAUUUUUUUGUAUUUUUCCACAGUUUCUGCAAUUCUGUAUAUACAGUGAAACCUGGAACUUGACUGGAUUGUAUUGUUUUUCUGUGUUUUGCAAGUUUCCCUCUUUUGACAGGUUUCAUUCUUACCACUUUUCUAUCACUCAUUUUAGUGGAAAAUAUUUGAGUUUUCCUUCUCUGACAGGUUUCUUUCUGCUUUACACAGGUCCCAGUUUUUGUGGAUUUUACUGUACAAGCAAAAUUGAAUACAUAUUAUUUCUAUCCCAUUUAUAUAUAAAAGAUAGCACUCUAUUCACACAAUUUAUCCCUUGCUUUUUUCACGUAACAAAAAUAACUCUUCGUAUCAGCACAUAGAAAACAUUCUCAUUAAUUUUUUAUAGCUGCAUAGUGUUCCAUUGUACAGAUUAAUCAUAAUUUGUUUAUUCAAUGCACUAUUAAUGAACAUUGCAGUUGUUUUCUUCCUUUUACUAUUACAGAGCUGUAAUGAAUGACCUUGAACUUUCAUUUUGAAUGUUUGCAAGGAUAUCUGUAGGAUAAAUUCCCAGAAAGAGACUUGCCAAGUCAAAGAAUAUAUCCAUUUGUAAUUUGGAUAGACAUUGUCAAAUUGUGUUCUUCUAAAGUUGAACUAAUUUAUACUCUCAUCAGCAAUGUUAUACACAUGCUUGUUUCCCCACAGCCUCACCAACAGUGUGUGUUAUUAAAUUCUUGGUUUCUUGCCAAUCUGACAGGUAAAAAAUGGUUUCUCAGUGUCUUGGCCAUCUGGUGCUGCCAUAACAGAAAUACCGUAAGUGGAUGGCUUUAACAAAAGAAAUUGAUUUCUUCACAGUAAAGUAGGCUGAAAGUCCAAAUUCAGGGCGUCAGCUCCGAGGGAAGGCUUUCUCUCUCUGUCGGCCUUCAUCAGUCUUCCUGGAGCAGGCACCCUGGGUCCAAAGGAUGCAGGCACCCUGGAUCCAAAGGACUCACUCUGCUUCUGGCACUGCUUUCUUGGUGGUAUGAGAUCACCAACUCUCUGCUUGCUUCCCUUUCCUUUUAUCUCUUAUAAAAGGUGGUAUAGGCCACACCCCAAGGAAACUCCCUUUGCAUUGGACCUUGUAAGGGUGUUACAAUCCUACCCUAAUCCUCUUUAACAUAAAAUUACAAUCACAAAAUGGAGGACAGCAACACAAUACUGGGAAUCAUGGCCCAGCCAAAUUGAUACACACAUUUUUGGGGGGACAUAGUUCAAUCCAUAACAUUGAGUAUUUUAAUUUGCAUUUCUGUCAUUAUGAAUGUAUAGCUAAGCAUCCUAUAAUAUACUUAUGAGGCAUUUGUAUUUUUCUGUGAACUGUCUGUUUAUAUCCUUUGCCUAUUUUUCUGAUGGGUUUGAUCUUUUUAAAAUUGUGUGUGUGUCUCUGUGCAUGUGUAUGUUUUGUGUAUGUAUAACAGUGUAUACACAUGCAUGCAGCCUGUAUUAUGUGCUAGGAGUGCAAUUGCUUUUUUAGUUUUUGGUUGCUUUCUGAUUUUUAGUGGGUUUUUGUUGUUGUUUGCAUAAUUUUUUGUUUUGUCAUGAAAAAUUUUUGUAUGUGCUUGAUUUUUAUGGAACUGAAUUUAUCAUCUUUUAUUUUAUGGCUUUUGGAUUUUUGGUAGAAGAGACUUCUCCACUCCAUGGUCAUCUUCUAAUACUUUUAUGGUUAACUUUUUAAAAAAUAUUUUCUUAUUUGGUAUUCAUUCACCAGAAUAAAUAUUACGUGAUCUAAAUUUUGAAAAUAGUUGGAGAAUCAGGCACGUGAUCAGGAGAAAUGAAUAGAAAGAAAUCAUGGUGAGGGAUGCGGAAGAAAAGUGAGGAGAGAAUUAAAAUGCUGGCAGAAGAAGAGAGGUAGAAAUUGGUGACAUAUGCCUUUGGAAGCUGGUAACUACUACAAUAUGUGGCAUUUAAUAGUGACUUAAACAUUCCAGAGACUUCAGAUGUUCUUAAUUCUUGCAGUAAAUAAAUAGGUGGUAAUUCAUGUCUACAAUAUUUUAUUUAAAUACAAUUUGAUAUAAGUUUGGCUGAACAUGUUAGGGUUUAAUUAAGUGACUAUAUGGAUGUUGUUGUUAGUUGCUGUUGAGUUAGUCCAACUCAUGACGAGCCCAUUUAUAACAGAUCAAAAUGUUGCCUAGUCCUGCACAAUCUUCAUGAUUGUUGGUAUGUUUGAAUCCAUUGUUGCAGCCAUUGUGCCAGUCCAUCUCACUGAGGGCUUCCCUUGCCUUCUCUGGUUACCAAGCUUGAUGUCUUUUUUUCAGCAAUUGGUCCCUCCUGAUGAUGUGUCCAAAGCAAGUGAGUCUAAGACUUGGACAAUAUUCUGUGAUCCAUAGGGUUUUCAUUGCCUAAUAUUUGGAAGUAGAUCACCAAGCCUUUCUUCCUAGUGUAUCUUAGUCUGGAAGCUCUGCUGAAACCUGUCCACCAUGGGUGAACCUGUUGGUAUUUGAUAUACUGGUGGUAUAGCUUUCAGCAUCACAGCAACACACAAGCCACCACAGUAUGACAAACUGACAGACGGAUGGCAAAUGUUGUAGGCAUUCUGUUUUCUGUUCUUAUUUCUCCAUACCAAUAAUGUCAUCUUAAAAAUAUCAUUUAAAAACAUAUAGGGAAACCUUUGUAUCCCCAUUUACAAAGGCACAAAUGUGCCCUAAGGGACAUGUCCCCAGUCAUAUCUGGUGGCAAAAGUGAGUCUUGAGUACAGGUUUUCUGUCUUUAUUGAGGUUCCUUUUAAUUAGGCCAUGAGCAAUUUCUUUCUUUUUUGGUCUUGAAACAAAACAAAAUUGCUAUGACUCAUCCUCAAUUCAAGAGCAGUAACUUAUUUCUGCAAUUUCUUGAAGAAGUGAGAGUAAAGAUUUUCUGUUUCUUUUGGAUUCCCCACAGUCCUCCCUACAAUCAGGACUCAGAGUUCGCACUCAGAAACCGUCUUUUGUGUCUCUGACAGAGGUCUCUAGUUUAUGUUCAUAAGGAUAUUUUCUCUGCAGCUACUGAAUAACUUUAAAGUAAUUUAUCAAAUAUUUAUUGGGCUGGGUACUCUUCUAGGUGCUGGGGAUAUCAUUCUGAGUAAGACAGAGUCCCUGCCUUUAUAGAGUUUACACUCUUGUGGGGGAGGCAGGUAAUAAGCAUGCCAGUAAAUUCCUAAACAACAUCGUCUCAGGUGGGGGUAAUGAUCCGAAAAAAAGUAAAAAGAAAAGCAGGAAGCAGGGUAAAGAGGAGCGUGGCUGCGUGCUGGCCUAUAUCUUCUUCUGGUUCUGUUGUUAAAGUUGGAUGAUAGUUACUAGAGCUGCCUUUCCACCCUACAUUUAUAGUCUUUUUCUUUGUUUUAUAUUCAUUCUUAUUUUAGAGCAACGAUAGGAGUCAAACGCAUAUGCUGCUCAAAGUUGUAAUAAAGUCUUCAAAGUCUCAUUUCCUGUUCUGAUACCAAAAACCGAAAACCAAACCCAUUGCCAUCAAAUCAAUUCCAACUCAUAGCAACCCUACAGGACAAAGUAGAACUGACCUAUAGAGUUUCCAAGGAGCGCCUGGUAGAUUCGUACUGCUGACCUUUGGUUAGCAGCUGAGCUUUUAACCAGUGCACCACCAGGGCCCCUGUCAUGUUCUGAUAGGGACAUCCAAAGCGUAGGCUUUCCUCUUCAGAGCAGUCAUCUGGGACCACAAGGCUAUCGGCAGCAUGGAGGCAGUGGAGCGGUGGGUCAGGGGAAGAGGGUGUGCCUCCCUUGAUAUUAAUUCAUCUUUAAUGGACAUGAAAAGAAAAAAAAAAAAAAAGGAAGUGUUGGCGCAGCUCUUCUGUAGUCAGGAAUAAUGUUUUGCCUCACAGAGCCACACUCCUGACAUGGCAGGCCUCCCAGGCUCCUCCUCAGCACACCGGUUCCUUGGCUCCAUAAAAUGGCUGUCAGUCUAUUUUAAGUGAGGAAAAUUGAGGGUGGAUUUUCAAUGCUAUCAGCUGGCUUGGGUAUGUCAAGCGAUUCUUUGGAUAGUAAUAAUAGGUGCUGUCUUCAGAAAUAGUUGAGUCACAAAUGCUUUAGUCCUUAAAGUUUACUCACCUCCUUCUUUGCUAUGUUUAGGACUAUCUCCUGCCCCAAGAAUGCAGUUUCUUCUAGACAUUUCUUUACAUGAAGACCACAAGGCUGCAUUUCGUUUCUGGUUUCCUUCCAUAACCACCUUCUCCAGUGACCCGCUCCGUCCCCACCCAACCUUCUCUCAGGCACUCUAGCUCAGUGCUUUGAACACAUCAUCAAAAAAUGGAAUGAUGUAAUAGGGAAACAGUCAACCUGGGCGCCGUGAUGUUAAUAAGUUAACUUAUUCCUUCCCCCACCCCAACAUCAGAUAAUUUAUUUUUUAACCAGUUUUUACCAACCAAAUGUUAACACGUAUGCCUGAUUGCUCACCUCCUCUGGGCACCAAACCUGUUUUUUCUUGAGUGCAAUAAGUGAUUAUCCAACUCAUGCUGCUCCGAAAAAGAGGUUUUGUUUUAAUAAGCAGUUUGCAGUUUGGCACACAAUGCUGAGGAAAGCAACAUUAUCUCCAGCAGUAAACUCUGCAGUCAUUGCAAAGCUUGACAAGAAAAUGAUUGAGUCUGUUUGUUAUACCUUUGUGGGGCUGCCACUGCUGCUGCUGAUGGAAAUGUUGCUGUUUAUUCAGCAAUGCAAUAACACUUUCUGUAAUUUAUGGAUGCACAUUCCCCAGAUUACUAAAGGUAAUACUGUUGACUAAAGGAAAGUAUACGAAUGGAUAGUUUCAGUUGUUGCUGUCCUUAUAAAAGUGAUUGACUGUUCACUUUGCACAGGAAAGAAUUUGCACAGGCUUCAUCCCCCUUAACAAUUACAGAUUUUCCUUCCUCUGACAGUUACAAAUAACAUGGCUUGUCCUAAGUGGCAAAAAUUUACUGAUUCCAUGGAAGUUCAAGCCAGAGGCUGUGUGCAUCCUUUCUUGUUUAUUUCCUAGCCAGCUUUCCCAUCUUGCCCCUGGGGGGUGCCAGACAAGCCACAGCUAGAUUCUUGUGGUCUUCAGCCUGGGUAAGUGGCACCUGGUUAAGUAGCUUAUGGCCUGAGACAGUUGGCUUUUCCUGUAGAUGGAGUUGUGGAAGCCAUGGAGUGAUCCCCAACUUUGCCUGGUGACUCAUGGUAUGUGCUUCUCACAUGAUCUCUAAAACCAAAAACCAGACCCACUGCCACCGAGUCUAUUCUGACUCAAUAGUGACCCUAUAGGACAGAGUAGAACUGCCCCAAAGAGUUGCCAAGGAGCAGUUGGUGGAAUUCAACUGCUGACCUUUUGAUUAGCAGCUGAGCUCUUACCACUGUGCCACCAGGGCUCCCACAUGAUCUCAGUGGUAGGAAAAUGUCUUUGGGAUCAAUUGUUCAGUGGGGACGUAUGUCCCAGCAUCUGUAGAUAGAGAUCCCUGGUCAGUAGAAUCCCAGCCACUCUUCUCGAGGUGUUUUUGGUUGAAGGACUGAAAAUUUAGUCUCAGGUCACAAUGGUGCACCUAUUGAUGGACUAAUGUAGAUAACCCACUUACGGAAGUUAUGAGAAAGAAGGUCGUCCAGCCCUAGGCACAGGGAAGCUGCUUAAAGGCCUAGGGAUUUUCUCAAUGAAAUGUAGUUGGUGCUUUCUUCCAACUCACAGUGAAAUAACGCUUUUUGGUAUCAGCUUCUGUGGUUUGAUGGCUAACAGGUGGAUGAUAUUCUGAGGCCCCAGGUUUGGCUCUUAACUGAGAUAGAGAAAUAAGCAAAUCAGUGAUAAACCUCUCAGGAAAGAACUUCACAGUCACUGAAGGCCAACAUGUUUGAAAACAUUGUUUUUGCUUAUUUCUUGGGAAGUAAGUAGUCAGAACACACACACAAAUAUAAAUAUAAAAUGCAUUUAAGACAUCAUGUGUUUUACAGCUAAAGUUCCCUGUUUUUUUCUUGAUCAAACUCUAAAUACGACAGUUUUGCAACUUAACUGGCUAGCACUGUGCUUGAUUAUGUCUUUCACAGCCCUGAAGGCCUCCAUUUAAUUAUUUGGUAUUUAAUUAAUUACGGGGCGUAGGAGGAAUCCCAGCAUACCUGAGACAGCGUUUGCUAAAUCUUGGUGAUUGAUGUCAGAAGACAGUAAACAGAAAAACCAAAGCCGACAACGACUCAUAUCGACCCCAUAGGACAGAGCAGAACUGCCCCAUAGAGUUUCUGAGGAGCGCCUGGUGGAUUCGAACUUCUGACCUUUUGGUUAGCAGUCAUAGCUCUUAACCACUUCACCACCAGGGUUUCCUAGAAGACAAUAGUUAACAAAAAAUAUUAUUUAUCAUUUUGUUAGGCCAAACACGUAUUGAAAAGAGAGAAGGGUCAAUACAGGAAUAAUCUAAUUUUCUUAUUCUGGAGUGGGUGUUGGCUUACAGAUGAACUUUAGCUGAGAUACCCUUUUUUUCCCCUCUCUGUGCCUCAUCUGUUUUCAUAUGUUCACCUUAUAGUGAUGAAAGAUGAUAAAGAAGGCUGGUUUAGUUAAUGUCAGUUAUCAUUCUCUUACCAAUUUUACAGAUGUUUAUUUAUUCCCCAUCUCAUCCUACAAAAUUUGACUUGUAGCUGUUUUGGUUUAUGCCUUAUCAAUUAUUACGUGAAAAUUUUGUUUAAUUUUGGCUUCUGAGAGUUAAAUAUAAAUAUUUUAAAAUUCAAACAUGCUUGUGAAAUCCAAUUUUAUUUAUUAAUGGUCUCUAACAGCUCAUAAUCAAAACACUUGCUCUUAAUCAUACCAAUAAUUACAAAUUAAUAGUUUUGCUGAUUGUUGUUCCCUCUCGGCAGCCAGAGUGCAGUCACUUAUGUCAGCCUUGACAUGAACCGGAUUGAGAAGGUUAAUAACGAGAAUGCUACAAAAUGAAUAUCAGUUUGUAUAAUUUGACUAAUCCUAAUCUCAGUUAUAUUUUACAGUUAAUCUGGUGACAGUGGGAUUUAUAGAAAAUCAUGACAUUUUAUUCUGUUGUCUAAUCUAAAUCUCAGGAUGAGCCAGAUAAUACUGACGUGAGCUAUGUUUUGAGCGCGAGUAUUACUUCUCUAUAUGUAUACUUACUGUGUGUUCAUAUACUUGUGUGCAUAUAUUUUUAUUUUUUAUCAUCCACAUAUUCAUAUCAUUUUGAGUGGUAAAUGGUAUAAGUCAGUGCAAAUUAAGUCUUCUAAAUUAAUGUAUAUUUUUCUAACACACACUAAAUGGUUUCAUUAGUCAUGAGCUAAUGAAGAAGCAAGUUGAAAAAAGUAGAUAAAAAGAAAUUUAUAAAAGAUAGGGUAGGAAAGAAAUUCAGUCCAACUUCACUAAUCUGUUAUCUGUACAUUUUAAACAAACGGGUUACAGCAUUUUCAGGGAUUAGCCCUUCUCUCUCUCUCUCUUUUUUUUUACUACUUUAGAAGCUUGCACUUCAUUCGAGAAGUAAUUGGAUCUCGAACCUCGAAGAGAAUACUGCUAAUAUGAUAUAAACCGAUUUUUUUUCUCUAUAGCAUUUAUCACAGUUAAUGUUAUAUAUGUGUGUAUAUAUAUGUACAUGUGUAUAUAUAUGUAUAUGAAUAGAUAUUGAGUGUUUACUGUGAGCUGUGCUUUUUACAGGCAUUUCACCCUCAUAUCUCUCUGAGGUAGAUGUGAUUAUGUCAUUUUACAGAUGGUGAAACUGAAGCACAGAGAGUAUAGCUAUAGCUUGCCCGGAGUUGCAUGACUCAAGUGGAAAAGUCAGGAUUUGAAGCCAGAAUGUCCAUUCCUGGAACAUGUGCUUUUCACUAUCAUGCUUGCCCCUCCUGAAGAGAGGCGGUGACACACUGUAAUAGGGUGCUUUGCUGGCAUCAUUGUUGCUUCUGAGCCUGGCCAAUUGGAUAGCCAUUUACUUUGCUCUCAUCCUUGGUCCCAUGUCUUCUUCUUAGAUGUCUUCCUUAGCAGUGCCACAUCCACAUUCAACCUGCAGUUAAAACAAAGGUUCGAAGCAAAACAAAGUUCACUUUUCCAUCUGUGAGUCUACUGAGAGAUUCUACAUGAGUAGAUUAGAUACAAGAGACAUUAUACUAACCACUUUUCAACUAAAACCUUCUCUGUAGGAAGUGGAAGUGGAAGUAGAAGAUUUGAGUGGUAGAGGUAAAGAUAAAUCAUUUUGUAACUGUUCUUUCCUGUUUAAGUGCUUAUUCACUUUCUAUCUAUCUAUUAUCUUUCUCCCAUCCAUUCGUCCGUCCAUCUUCUUUGAGCCCCUUGUCCCUUAUUUUGCUAGAAUAUUUUUUCCUCAGUGUUCUACUUAAUUAUAAAACUGCCUGAGUAUCGGUUCCAAAUUCUCAACUCCAGUGGUUAUUUCAUAAUAAAUGCAGUGAUGAAAUAAUAUGAUAGGCUGUUCCUUUGGAUGAGAUGAGUAUCUUGAUGAAGGCUUACAUUGACACAGUUUGAUCAUUUUAGUAACAGAAGUGGUCAAGGUAGGUGGGGCUACGGACACAGGAAGGGCCUUUGUUUUGGGGAGGUCUUAGGACAGUUUUACCUAAAACAGCAGCCUCAGCUCCUGCCCCCAGCCCCCAGGUCCCAGCCCCCACCAGUCAGAGUACCUUGUGCUGGCAGCAGGACUGGCACCAGGUGAGACAGGAGGGUACUGGAAGGUGCAGCCCCCUGCGAUCUGGAUAUUGUUUAAAUACCGUAAAAAGCCUCACUCAUUUAUUCCUUAUGAGCACCGGAGAGAAAAAUGGUGUGGUAAUCCAGGCAUAGCAGGUGGUGCUACUUUCAUAUCAGUGUAAAAUGAAACUGUGUGGAUGUUUUUUUCUCCUCUCUCCCGUUCACUCUUUUUAAUCUUUAAAUAAGACGAUUGGUAGCCUGUUGGCAAGAAAAUGGGCCCUGAAUUUUUAUUCAAAGUUAUACAAGGAUGAUAGUUGGAAUUUUUGGCAGGAGGCACACCAUUGCUUUUCAGAAAGUGCUGUCAAGGGAAGCUUUUUCUGAAUUACCUGCUGGGCCUGGGCGCUUUUAUGUUGUUGUUGUGACAGGUAGAUUUAUAAGGCUUGAAAUUUGUACAAAUCAGUUGUCAUUCAGUGCGAGCUGUCAAUGUGUCAAGCUGUCAGCCUGCUGCGAGGGGACGCCUGAGGGGGAGUGCAAGGGGGCAACCAUGGAGAAAGGAAAUGAGUUCAAACAGACCUGAAAUGGAGCUCAGUUCUCAGGGUUUGCUGCCCCCGUAGAGCCGGCAUUGAUUUUUCUUGAUGUUGAGCAACAGCAAACCUUAAAUGACACGUUGUUAGCAAUCUAAAGGUGCUGUUUAUUGUCUUCUAAAUGGCAGCAAAUCAUGCAGAAGAGAAUACAGCGAGUGUUUUCGAAUUGUGCAUGUUUAGGAGCAUCCUGUUGAUGUCACUUUUCUGGCCUGGCUGGUUUCAACCAAGGGACCUGCUGCUUCACUGAUGAGUCCAACUUUCUGUAGCAUUUUGCAGACGCAGCGUGAAAGGAAGUUGUGUGCUCGUCUCUCCAUGGGCAAUGGAUCACUAAUAAACAUGGUAUUAAAGGAGCAGUGAGCAAACACUGCUGUUCAGCCUAAAAAAGAGAACCAUGUCCCUCGCCUCGCGUUAGAUCCCUCUUAAGACAGAGCUGAAGGCCUCAGCCAAGAUAGCUUUUCUGGACCAUCUUGGAAAAUGUAGUUACAUUUUCUGGGCAGAGCUAACCAUGACACUCAAUGAAAAGAAUCAAUUUCCCUCUACUUUAUAAACCAGUUAUUAAAGAAAAAAAUUUUUUUCACCAGUAAAAAGCAACAGCAAAACCCUCUGGUGAAUUUCUCCAUUUUGCGUAAAGGUGUUUUCAUUUUGUGUCCCCUAGUAAAUACGUGGUGUGGUUCAGCUUGGCCUCAUUUGCUUGCGCGUGGUUCCUGGGAUGCUUCUUCUCCUGGUCCUCCUCCCUCUCUGAUCUUCCUCAUACAUGCCCAGUUCAUAGAGAAAUUUGAACAUUUUGGCUAAGUUAUCAGGGAGGAAUAAGCCUGUUUAUACAAAAUAAAAUUAAAUAGGCAUGAAGGGGGUCUUACUUUUUCAGUAUGUGGCAGUUAGCAAGUAGGCCUGGCCUCCAUCCAGAUUUUGCAGUCUUUGCACCUCUGGGCAGAGUGUUCUGGCUUUAAUCAGAUGUACGAUGUUUGGCCCAUUUCACUCAUCUCCUGGCCAUCAGGUGGCAUAGAAGAGAGGAGGUGGAAAGGGGCAAGGGGAGAGGGCAAGAAGUGGAGGGGUGGCUGGGGAUGGAAAGUGGGAAGGUGACACUUGAGGAGCAGGCAGUACCAAGAGGAAGAAAAUUAAUCAAAGAUGUCCAUCUAGCCAUUGCCGGCUGGCGUUCAUGGCCUCUGAGCCUCUGAGCGAAAAAGUCUGCAGAGAGGCUCCUGGCGCUGCAGAGUUUGUCUUGUAAAAGUGCAGCUGUCCAAAACAUGACAGCUACAGCAUUAGCAGGGCCAUUAAGAGGUGUAGAACAUUUCCAGGGAAAUGAUUUGAAAAAUGACAAUGCUGGCUCCCGUGUGAUAUUAAUUAUACCCUGUACUCAUGGAAAAUAAGCUAAAAUAGUUGCCAAGAAAGACAAAGUGAGGUGUCCUGUUUCUGACCGUCAUUCUGAUCAAACAGUAGCCAAACUAGUGGGGCUUUGUGGCCGGCAGGUAAUUUCAAAGGUGAGAGGCACGUGCCUAAACCAUCAGUUACAGCCGAGUCUGGAGGAUGGUCCUAUGGCGGUAUGGCAUGUGGGAGGCUGAGGUGAAGAGGGAUGUCCGUGGCAAGGGGUGGUGUGGUGGGAAGGUUGGCAGGGCUGACAUCUAUCUAGGACAGGUAGGUCUAAGCUGCGCUGUCCGAUAAUACUUUCUGCAGUGAAGGAUACGUUCUCUGUCUGUGCUGUCCAGUACGGUAGCCACUAGCUACGUGUAACUAUUGAGCACUUGGAAUGUGGCUAGUGUGACUGAGAAACUGAAUUUUAAAUUUUAUUUAGUUUUAAUUAAAUUAAACUUUAAAUAGCUACAUGUGGCUUCCAUAGUCAACAGGCCAGGACUCUAGAGAUUGUUUGCUCGGUGAGAUUCUAAAGCUAGAGUAGGAUGUAGAAAUGAGUGGUGAUAAGAGUCAGGGACUAAUACUUCAAGCCCUUGCCAGUAUAAAAUAACACAUACCUUUCUCUAACUGCUUCGCAUUUCACUUUAUCCUUACCUUACCCGUGGGAGUAAGUAAGAACAAGUAUUGGCCCAUUUUACACAUGGGAAAAUGGAGGCCCCCCCCAAAACCCAUCGCCGUUGAGUUGAUUCUGACUCAUAGUGACCCUACAGGACAGAGUAGAACUGCCCCCAUAAGGUUUCCAAGGAGCGCCUGGUGAAUUCGAACUGCAGAUCUUUUGGCUAGCAGCGGUAGCUCUUAACUACCAAGCCACCAGGAAGGUAAAAUAUUAUCUGCUCAAGGUCACAGAACAAGUCAGGCACUAGGUCUGCCAACCUCGAAUCCCAUUCCUCUUCCUUAAGAUGCUGCCACCUUUUCCAAGGGCUCUCUUGAGUGGCUCUUCCUUCCAGGAAGUCUGGGGUGUGUGCUACCUGUCUGCUUGGCCGCAGAUGCCAGCACCUUCUUCCCACAGCAUUCUUAAUUUUAAAACCCAGCACCCUGAGUGUGAAGGGCGUGCCCAAGUCUGAGGCCGCCUAGAGGAAGCGUCCCCCCUUCUCUUGCCUUGGCUGGACUUUCUGGGAGGCAGCCAGCCCUUUGGCCCUGCCCCCUAGGGAGCACUCCUUCAGACCUGUCCGGCGCACUCUGAAUUGUUUUCUUUCUUUUGUGGGUCAGAUACAUCAUCCUUCUUUCGCCUCCCCACUGAUCCCGGAGCUAAAUUACCCUAUAUAAACAAGCCUUUGUUAUUCCUGACUGAGAGAGAUGUGGUGCUGGCUCUUCUUGAAGAAGAAAAUAGACCUGGAAAGAAAGAGGUCAUGAGCAGGUCAAAGUGCCAGAAAAAAAGGCUUCUGGGGCUAAAGUUUCCAGAUUUGGUGUGUGUGUGCUGGGGGUGCUACAAGGGGGUCGCCUGUGGGUGUGAAUGUGUAUGCCACUUAUGCGGCUACCUAUUUUUCAAGCGGUAUCCUCUCAUGAGAUUUAUUAACUAAAAAAUAUAAAAGAAAGCGUUGACUAAGGUCAGCCUAGACCUUUUGAAGAACUGUCGAAAUGCUGCCUGGCUGUUAUCCGCUAAUCCUCCAAGUGUGCUGAACAUGAGAAAUAACAUUCUGUGUUAAACCACCAAGUACAGAGAAAAUGUCUUGAAAUUAUAGUGUUUGGUAAAUUAGAGAUUGCUUGUAUUUCUUCCCUUCCAGGGCUGAGGCAAGGCCGCUUUUCCUCUUCCCUUGUUUACCUUGAAAACGCACGUUACUGCCCGUGGUGUUUCUGUUAACCUUCCUGAACCCUUGCGAUUUCAUUCAUGUGAUUUGUUAUUGAAUGACCUUUUGAGGAUUUUACAAAACAUGACCUUUUCUUGUCAAACAUUCAAGGGUUUGUAAAGUGAAGCUGUCACGGGGACUCUGCGUGUUUGCUAAUUGUAGCUAAUAUGUUUUCCCACAUCCUUGGAAAUGCAAAUCACUUAUUUGUUUCCUGAAUGGCUGCUCUUUCUUGCCUGUUGGUUUGAGAUGCCUCAGAGCUGCUCAAAGGGACAUCUCUGGCCUGGGAAUUCCGACUCCUCUCCGUAAAGUUAGGGGACAGGAAUGACGAUUCCGUUGUAAGUUAAUUUGACCGCUUGGGAACGACAACAGAAGAUGCAAGGAGAGAAUGAAAGCGUUCAGAACAAUCCAAUUCUUAAGAAAGUCUUGGGAAUAAUGGACGCCGAAAAUGUUUUGUGUGGUUCUAGUACCCAGGAGCCAGAGGUUUUGUUUUUGGUGGAAACAAAGGUACAAAUAAGGGAAUUUUUGUGCAUACAAGUGGAAUUACAGACAGAAUCUAGGAAAGAAGCAUUAAGGUCUUGCUUUCCGUUCCUUGAUUUUGGUAGUUAAAAAUGUGGCAAUAGCAAUGGCUAACAUUUGUGGAGUGUUUGCCAUGUGCUAGGCACUGUGCUCAACGCUGUACAUGUAUUGUCUUAGUUAAUCAUCUCAACAGCCCUCUAAGAUUGGUAUUAUUAUUAUUAUCAUCAUCAUCACCAGACAAACGAUGAGCUCGAGCCUCAGAUUAAGUAAUUUGCACGGGACCAGUUUGACCGUAGGACACAGGAUUUGAUCCGGAGUCUUUCAGAGUAGAGUAUGUUACAUCAUGACAUCUGCGAAGGUAUGAAUUUUGACCUACUUAAUGAAGGCUUAUUUUCACAAUGAGAAAAAUACUGUAUGUGUUUUCUUGUCUAGAAUAUUAUUUUCUGUGAUUGGUAAUCAUCCUAGUUAAGCUGUUGUCAGUGUCCCUAAAUCCUGGUUUUGAGAAUGAAAUGCUGGGUCACAUCUUAUGCCAGGUGUUUGCUGCUAAUAGGGGAAGAGUUGAACAGGGCUCCCAACACACUUUUAAAGGUGUAUCCAGUGAGUUUUUUUUUUUUUUAAUUUUAUUGUGCUUUAGGUGAAAGUUUACAACUCAAAUUAGUUUCUCAUUCAAAAAUUUAUACACAAAUUUUUUGUGAUGUUGAUUUCAACCCCCGCAAUGUGUUAGCUGUCGCAAGGAAGAAUCUUAUAGACUACUCCACACGAUUUGUGUCUUUCCACAGUGUCUUUAUUAAAUGGUUUAUUUUUAGGUCUUGUAUUUAUUUCAUCAAUUCAUUAAGCAUAAACACACAUUAACAGAUUCUUGGCUCUCCUGGAUGCCAGAGAUCUCAGAUCACCAAAGGGAAGAGAAAUGAGAGAGACAGGUCAAGCUUACGGCAAGCGAGGACAGCAGUUAGAUGGUGCAGUUCGAUGAUGCUGUUCGAUGGUUGGCGAUGAUCUCCAGUCUCAGUGGUUAGCAAUGACCUCUGAAUCACGCGCAGCUUCCUGUGGGCUCGUGAGCUUGGUGUUAGGGGGGGUCCAUGAGUAAGCCUUGUGACCACUCCGUUCAGUGUCUCUUGAACUUAAGAGUAAGCCCGGGAUGAGCUGCUUCCGCCCACUGCUUCCUAGUUCUCUUCGUAUGACCAAGAGCAACGUCUCUUGAACUUAGGAGUAAGCCCGGGUGAGCUGCGCAGCCCAGCGCUUCCUAAGUUCUCAACGUAUGACCGAGUGGCUCUUGGAAGGCUCCGAGCGCCGUUGUCUCCUUCUGUUGCUUCUUUUAUACUUGCUGGAGCUCUUUGAACUCAUCUGGUUGAUGUUAAUAAAGUCUGGUGACAUUAUGUGCAUUUCUUCUUGAUGAAGUCUACCAGUCUUUCUGGUUGUCCUGAUAUGACUGUUUUCCUCAGUCAAACCCACAGGUCUUUUUCUCUCUUGGGCCUGCUCCCCUCAUUAUAGUCUGAACUGAAGAUGACAGUCACACUUGUCCAGACAUGUCCCAACGUGUCUCUUAAGCCUGCUCUCCCAUGUUCAUUCAUCCAGCUUUUCUGUCCCUUCCUGCCUUCUUGUCUUUGCUUUUGGGUAGGUGUUGCCCAAUUGGUCUCGUAUACUUGAUUGGACUAAGAAGCAUGUUCCUCAUGGGUGUUACUGUUUGUUUUAUAGGCCUAAUCUUUGGCUGAAAGGUAAACUUCAGGAGUAGCUUCAGUUCUGAGUUAGAAGGGUAUCAGAGGACUGUAGUCUUGGGGGCUCCUCUAGUCUCUGUAAGACCAGUAAGUCUGGUCUUUUUUUUUUUUGUAAAUUUGAAUUUUGUUCUAUAUUUUUCUCCUGCUCUGUCUGGGGCCCUCUAUUGUGAUCCCUGUCAGAGUAGUUGGUAGUGGUACCUGGGUACCAUCUAGUUCUUCUGGGCUCAGGCUAGUGGAGGCUGUGGUUCGUGUGGUUCCUUAGUCCUUUGGACUAAUAUUUUCCUUCUGCCUUUGGUUUUCUUCAUUCUCCUUUGCUCCAGAGAGGAUGGCACCAUUAUGUAUAUUUUAGAUGGCCACUUUCAAGCUCUUAAGACCCCAAACACUACUCAACAAAGUAGGAUGUAGAACAUUUUCCUUAUGAACUAUGUUAUGUCUAUUGACCUAGAUGUCCCCGAAAACUAUGGUCCCCACCUCUCAGCCCUAGUAACUUGGUCCCUCAAGGUGUUUGGACAUGUCUAGGAAGCUUCUCUGACUAUGUCCUUUGGACCCAGUGCCCCUGCACCUGAGAAGCUCCUUGACCAGGGGAAGAUUGAAGAUAAGGACCUUUCUCCAGAGCUGAUGCCCUGAAUUUGGACUUUUGACAUACUUUACUUUGAGGAAAUAAAUUUCUCUUUGUUAAAGCUAUCCACUUGUGGUAUUUCUGUUAUAGCAGCACUAGAUAACUAAGACAGUAUGUACCAUAAUCUGUUUAUUCGUUCAUCUGUUGAUGGACCCUUAGGUUGUUUCCAGCUUUUUGCUGUUGCAAACAAUGCUGCAAUGAACAUGAGUGUGCAUAUGUCUGUUCUUGUGACAGCACUUAUUUCUCUAGGAUAUAUUUCUAGGAGUGGAUUGCUGGAUUGUAUAGUAUUUCUAACUUUUUAAGGAGGCACUGUAUCAUUCUCCAUAGUGGUUGUACUAUUUUACAUUGCCCCCAGCAGUGCAUAAGAGUUCCAGUCUCCCUGAAACCUCUCCAACACUUGUUAUUUUCUGUUUUUUUAUUAGUGCCAGUAAUAUUGGGGUGAGAUAGUGUCUCAUUGUAGUUUUGAUUUGCAUUUCUCUAAUGGCUAAUGAUUGCAAGCAUUUCCUCAUGUGUCUGUCAGCCACCUGAACGUCUUCUUUGGUGAAGUGUCCGUUCAUAUGCUUUGCCCAUUUUUUAAUUGGAUCAUUUGUCUUUUUGUUGUUGAGGCGUUGAACUAUUUUCUAGAUUUUAGAGACUGGAUCCUUGUCGGGUAUGUAGUAGCCAAAAUUUUUUCCCCCAGUUUAUAGCUUCUCUUUUUACUCUUUUGGUGAAGUCUUUUGAUGAGCCUAAGUUUAAUUUUUAGGAACUCCCAGUUAUCUGGUUUAUCUUCUAGUGUUUGUCCAUUGUUAGUUAUGGUUUGUAUUGUAUUUAUGCCAUGUAUUAGGGCCCCUAGAGUCCCUAUUUUUUCUUCUAUGAACUUUAGCGUUUUAGGUUUUAUAUUUAGGUCUCUGAUCCAUUUUGAGUUAGUGUUUGUGUAUGGUGUGAGGUGUGGGUCCUGUUUCAGUUUUUCACAGAUAGAUAUCCAGUUUUGCCAGCACCAUUUGUUAAAAAGACUAUCUUUUCUUCAUCUAAUGGACUUUGGUCCUUUGUCAAAGAUCAGCUGGAUUUGCAUCUGGGUUCUUGAUUCUGUUCCAUUGGUCUAUGUGUCUGUCAUUAUACCAGUACCAGGUUAUUUUGACUACCAUGGUUGUACAGUAGGCUCUACCAGGUAUUGUGAGGCCUCCUACUUUGUUCUUUUUCUUUAAUAAGGCUUUGCUUAUUUGGGGCAUCAUAUAUAUAUAUAUAUAUAAAGUUGGUGAUUAGUUUUUUCAUCUCAUUAAAGAAUGCUGUUGGUAUUUGGAUCGGGAUUGCGUUAUAUCUGUAGAUUGCUUUGGGUCGAAUUGACAUUUUCACAAUGUUGAGUCUUCCUAUUCAUGAACGUGGUAUGUUUUUCCAUUUCUGUAAGUCUCCUUUGGUUUCUUGCAGUAGUGUUUUGUAGUGUUCUUUGUAUAGGUCUUUUAUGUCCCUGGUUAGAUUUAUUCCUAAGUAUUUUAUCUUUUAGGGGCUAUUAUAAAUGGUAUAGGGCCCUGGCGUCAGGCACAGUGGUUAAGCAUUUGGCUGCUAACCAAAAGGUUGGCAGUUUGAAUCCACCAGCCACUCUUUGAGAACCCUAUUGGGCAGUUCUACCCUGUCCUAUAGGGUUUUUGUAAGUAAGAACUGACUCACUGGCAACACAUUUAUAAAUGUUACUGUUUCCUGAUUUCCUUUUUGAAGCUCUCUUUGCUGGUGUAUAAGAAUUGAACUGAUGUUUGUAUGUUGAUGUUGUAUCUUGCUACUCUGCUGAAUCUAUUAGUUCCAGUAGUUUCUUGUGGAAUCUUUGGGGUUCUUUAUGUAUGUAUAGUAUCAUAUUCUCUGUGAAUUGCCAUAGUUUUACAUCUUCCUUUGUAAUUUGGAUGCCCUUUAUUUAUUUUUCUUGCCUUGUUGCUCUAGCUAGGACUUCCAGCACAGUGUUAAAUAGGAGUGAUAAUAAAGGACAUCCUUAUUAUUUUGUUCCUGUUCUCAGGGGGAAUGCUCUCAGCCUCUCUCUGUUGAGAUUAAUGUUGACUAUUGGUUUUGUAUAGAUGCCCAUCAUUAUGUUGAGGAAUUUCCCUUCUAUUCCUAUUUUAUUGAGAGUUUUUAAUCAGGAAUGGGUGUUGGACUUUAUCAAAUGUUCUUUUUUUUAAUACACUUUUUUUUUGGAGUUUUAGGUUUAUAGAAAAAUUCAGCAGAAAGUGUGGAGUGUUCCCAUAUAUGUCCUCUCUCCACUGCACAGCUUCUUCUACUAUUAACACUUUGUUUUAGUGUGGAGCCUCUGGUGUAGUUGAUAAACAAACAUCGAUGUAUUGUAGUUAACUAGAGUCCAUAAGGAAACCCUGGCAGCACAGUGGUAAUGCCUAUGGCUGCUAACCAAAUGGUCGGCAGUUCGAAUCCACCAGGCAUUCCUUGGAAACUCUGUGGGGCAGUACUACUCUGUCUUAUAGGGUUGCUAUGAGUUGGAAUUAACUUGACGGCUGUGGGUUGUUUUUUUUUUUUUAAAGUCCAUAAUUACGUUAGGGUUCAUUCUUUGUGUCGUUCAGCUCUAUAGGUUUUGACAAAUGCAUAUUGUCAUGUAUCCACCAUUACAGUAUCAUGCAGUAUAGUUUCACUGCCCUGAAAAUGACCUGUGUUCUAGCUCUCCAUCCGUCUCCCCUCCUCCUGAACCCCUAGCAACCAUUGAUCUUUUGCCUGUGUCUGUAGUUUUACCUUUUCCAAAAUGUCAUAUAGUUGGAAUCAUACUGUAUGUAGCUUUUUUGGACUGGCUUCUUCCACUUAGCAGUAUACGCUUAAGGUUCCUCCAUGCCUUUUUGUAGCUUGAUAGCUCAUUUCUUUUUUAUUGCCAAAUAAUAUUCCUUUGUAUGGAUAUACCACAUUUUAUUAUCCAUCCAUUCAUCGAUAGACAUCUAUGUUGUUUCCAUCUUUUGACUAUUUUAAAUAAUACUGCUUUUUUUGAAUAUUUGUAUACAAGUUUUUGUGUGGACAUAUGUUUUUAUUUGUCUUGAGUAGAUAUCCAGGAGUAGAAUUGCUGGCUCAUAUGAUAACUCUGUGUUUAACCAUUUGAAGAAAUUCCAGAUUAUUUCCCAUAGUGGCUGUACCAUUUUACAUUCCCACUGGUGGUUUUUGAGGGCUCUAGUUUUUCUGUAUCCUCAACUAAUUCUUGUUUUUGUUUGUUUUUAUCAUAGCCAUCCUAGUGGGCGUUAAGUGGUUUCUCAUUGUAAUUUUUAAAAUAUUUGAUAAUUUUAUUAAUUUAAAAGAAUAUAGUAAUAUUAGGCUUAAUUUACAUCUUUUCAAUUUAUUUUAUAUUUGUUGUUGAGAAUGUACAGAGCAGAACAUAUACCAGUUUAAAAAUUUCUGCAUGUACAUUUCAGUGAUAUUGAUUAUAUUGUUCAAGUUGUGCAACCAUUCUCAACCUCCUUUUUUUAGCUGUUAAGUAUGUUUCCCUUUAGGAGGAAAAAUAAUCCCCAAACAUCUCAAAUGACACACAGGUACUAUCACUAAUGAUUUGUGGCUAAGGGAGGAGGGAUUUUGAUCUUGAGUGACUAAGAGAUGGCUGUUUGUCUCUAAGUUCUGUUUGUUGAAAGGGAAGGAGGAGACCUGGGAUAUUCAAAUUUUCUGAGCUUGGAACAAUUCCAUUUGAAUUGUGUGUAAAUUGCUUGAAGAUAUGCUUUGCUUUGGUUCCCUUCCAGUCAAGGUAGGGCUGUGUCACAGAGAGGUUGGCCAGUCAUGAAGGAGCUGAAUGUUGGAUUCUCUCCCCAAAGUCUAACAUGGAGUAUCCUUUACAAGAUUCAAAAGGUUGGCCCUGCUUUGUUGCUGAUCUCCCUAGUCAUUUUGAAAACUCUGUUUAUCUAGGUAGGGGGGUUACGAGGCUUUUCCAGCUUCCAAGGAUAACUCCUAGGAGAUACUGCCUUUGAAAUGACUUUCAUGUGUUUUCCUUCUUCAUUCAGUUGAUAGACAUAGAUGUAUAAAGUAAUUUGUGUCUUUGGAACAAUGGAAGGUUUUGAAGUGUUGGCUCAUAUUGUUUGGAAAGGGUCAUUACAACUUUAUAUAUUAAAAAAAAAGUUCAGAUUCAGGAUAGAAAAAUACAUUUUACUUCUUUUGUGAGUCUGUUCUCAAGAGCCAAGCAAUUUGUUUUAAAAGAGUAUAAGAAAUAUUGAGAACGAGAAAAGUUAUUCAUUCUCUAAGGUGCUGUCCCUCUUCAUACUUCUUUUUCCCACUACAGCCUUCGAUCACUUCAUAAAUGACCCUCCAUGUGAAAGAACCUGUCCACCUGCUGUUUCAAAUGUAUCGAAGCUGUUUAUGAUGGGCAGUUACAUUUCAGCUAUACGGCAACCCAACGUUCUACUAAGGAGGACCCUUAUAUCUUGGUGUCUAACAGUAACAGCUUAUGUAUUUUAGGAUCUUAUCAUUCUGGAUGUAGUCAGCCUGACCUUAAAGAUUUUUAAAAGUCAGUAUUUCAUAAAGUGGAUUUCAGGUGAAGAAUGAAAAUCAUGAAAAUUUUGUCUUUGGAGCUUCUCUUUAAAACUGAGUCAAGUUUAGGGUCUGUUUCAUUCAGAACGUACAUUUUAAAAGCAUUCCGUCAGCUACAGGUAUUGGCAAUGCCCUGGGCCACCAAGGUGCUUUGCCGGUGAUUCCUAGCCAGGACUCGCAGCUUCAUGGUAGGGGUCUGAGUGUCUUAAAAGAUACCCCAAAAUAUUAUGGAGCUAAUUCUGAUGUGAUACAAAGUGCUCUUAGGAGAAUGGGAGUGAGAGGAUAGUGUAAAAUUUACAAGAAGCGUAAGACAGUGCAACUUUAAAAAGAGGGAAUACUAGGGGAGUGAUUGUAACAUUUUAAGAUGAAAUAUUUGAGAAUCUGUUGAAAAUGAUGGCUCUUUGUCCCAGAAAAAUUCGCAUGAACAUAAAAUUUUUUAUUUAGUUUUAGGGAUUCAUGAAUUCCCCUGAAUAUAUUCCUUGGGACCCCAGAUUUGAGUCUUUCAGGUUUAAGAGCUCUUCCCACCCCAGUUAGAAAAUCACAUCUGACCAAAGAGGCGAUUCAGCCACUGACACAUUGUUCAAGCUUUUUUUUUGUUUUAAAUUAAGGUAUAAUUUUGCUUUUUUUUUGUCAUAAGUUCAUUGUCCCCUAUGCUGUGUGCAGUGGAGCCCUGGUUGUGCAGUGGUUAAAAGCUCAGGCUGCUAACCGAAAGUCCACAGUUCGAAUUCACGAGCUGCUCCUUGGAAACCCUGUGGGGCAGUUCUACUUUGUCCUGUAGGGUCACUAUGACACAGAAUUGACUCAGUGGCAAAGGGUUUGGUUUGGUUUGGUUUAUGCUGCAUGUAGCUGCGAAUUGGUGAGGACAGCCAAGGAAGCUGAUACGUGCCAGCUGAGCUCUUAGAAAUCCAGCCAGGAGUUGUUGGAUAUCUAAUCAAUGUAGUGAGAUAGGGGAAAAGCAGUCCAUUUAUAGCCAGGAGACUUGGGUUCUAGACUUUCCCUUCACAGUAAUGAUGAGGAACUCAUUUGACUUCUCUCAUCUCAGAUUUUAUAUCCAUAUAAAUGAGUAGUUGGAUUCUGAUCCUCGGUGUGCCUUUCCAACUUAAAAUUCAAUCAAUUGACUGUUCUUUUUUGUUUCCUGUUUGCAUCUUAUAGAAUCAAGCCCAGCGCCACAGAUAAAUUUUUUUUUUUUUUUAAUUUAAGAAAAGGAGAGGUUAUCGGUUGCAAUAGAAAUGCCAAGCUUCCUUGGGGUGAAAUAUAGUGAAAGAGGUGAAAUUCUGGGAAUAUUAGCGUGGGGCCACAACUACUUUGCAGACCUAUUAGGAUAUAGAAGUUUAUUUGUCAGUGCCCAUGUUUAUUAUUACCACGCUGCCAUCUCCCAAUCAUUCCUUAUCACUGCCUCCUUGUACCGUUAGAGAGUUCCAAGCAAGCAUCCUGAAGUUUAUCCCAGAAAAUGAGUCUUGGAGAACUGAAACAAGAUGCGUUACUUAGAAAAGUUUGUAACCUUGAAUAGAAGAGGAGAAGUUCAUUGACACAGCUUGCUUAGGGUCAGCCUGGGUCCCUGACUUCUAGGGGUUACGAGAAUAAACUGUGAAUGCUGCACAGUUGAUGUGACUAAAUACUAUGCGGUGGGAAAGCUCCACGACUGGGAAUGAAGAGACUUGAAUUCUAAAUCCUGGUCACCAUUUCUUUUAGUUUGAUUAUAAAUGUCUUCUUCACAGAGUUCUUUCUCCUUGAUGUUGUUACUGAACAAAUAGUAAUUUGUGGCUGGAUUUCUAAUAGCUGAGCUGGUAGUAACUGUUUGAAUGUAGAAGAUAGCCUGGCCCACUGGGUAGUUUGCAGUGGGCUGCAGUCAGGAGUCUGCUCUACAUCUAGAUAUGUGUUCCAGAGUUUUCCAUGUUUGCCCUAAACAGAGGAUAGCACCCAGAAGGUUAUUAUAUCGUGGGAUAAUUUUUUUAAAAACUUUUUUUCACAGCGGUGACAAGAUAAGAAAAGGAAGCGGCCAUUGAUGGGUAUUUUGAUCUGAUUUGCGAGUGACAACCAAGCCCCAGGUCCUAAAGUACCCUUUCCGGGCAUACCCUAGACCUUCCUCCACUGUUGGAAUGUUACGAUAGAGUGGUAGUGACUGGGAUGAAGAAUUUUAAAGAUGAAGAAACUAAGUUAUAGAAAUUAAUUAACCCGUAUAAGGUUAAAUGCUGGACUACUAACCGAAGGUUUGUCAGUUCAUACCCACAAAGAGGUGCCUCAGAAGUAAGGCCUAAGGAUCUACUUUUGAAAGGUCACAGGCUUGAAAACACCCUAUGAAGUACAGUUCUACUGUGCUCACUUGGGGUCACCAUGAGUCAGAAAUGAUUCUAUGGCAGCUAACAACAACAACAAGGUCACACAAAGGGGUAAUGGUGGUUCAGUGGUGGUUCAGUGGUAGAAUUCUCACCUUCCACGUGGAAGAGAGACCCAGGUUCGAUUCCUGGCCAGCACACCCAGGCACAGCCACCACUCAUCUGUCAGUGGAAGCUUGUGUGUUGCUGCGAUACUGAACAAGUUUCAGCAAAGUUUCCAGACUAACACAGGCUAGGAAGAAAGGCCUGAUGAUCUAGUUCCAAAAAACCAGCCAUUGAAAACCCCAUGGAUCACAACAGUUUGAUCUUGUCGUGCAUGGGGUUGCCAAGAAUCAGAGGCUAACUCAACGACAGCUGACACACAUACCUACAUAAGGUCACAGAAGAGGAGGGAGUGUCUCUGGGACAGAAACCUAAAUCCCUCAGGUUAGAAUGCCCAGAUUUUUAAAUUUUAUUUUGUAUCAUUAUAUGAGAGUUGAAAAAGAAAGAUGGUGGUGACUGUGAUGGCAAUCAGGCGCUCUCUUCCCAGUCUCACCCUCCUUCUAAGUAACCCUAGUUUUCUAAUGGAAAGAUAAGAAGAGUUCCCCACCAGUUAAAACAAAGCUGAGGCCACAGUGUACGUGUGCUCACACAGGUGUGUCUGUAAGUGUGUGAGAAGGUGGAAUGGCAGUGCUCUUACAGUGCGGUUUAAUUUCCUCUCUCCAUUAGUUCUGAAAUGGAAUGAAAAUGUCAGAACUCCUGAAGUGCCUUUAAAACAAAGGUGCAGUGAAAGUAUUAAAAUCAGAAAAGAAAUAAAAGGAAAAAAAAAAAAAGCAGCCUUUAGAACUGAGUGUUCAUUUUCUCACUGACUCCCAGCUUUUUUCUUGUUACGUGCAGCAAGUCUGUUCUGGGCUGCUUUGACCCUACCUGUUAGCUCAGGCAGUUCAGGCUCACCACGCCCUUCCUGAGGACCUGGGUUUCUCCUGUAACUUUGGAUUUCAACCGUUAGGGGACCAGGGACAGUCAGGAGAGGUGAUGAUCUCUUGCCACGGAGGCUGCUUCCCCCAAAGCUGCUGCAGUCCUUUUUCCAUUACUUUCUUCUCACUUUUCUGCUACGUUUUGGCUUGAGGGAGUCUCUUUUUACUGGAAAAACUCCACUGUUUGCCACAAGCAAGGGAAAGGGCAGAAGGCAGGGUUACAAAUAGUUCUGAAGGUAUGUUUGUGUCUGCGUCUCUCUUUCUGUGGGCAAAGGACAGUGUUACCAUCCAUUAAAUAUUUAUUGUGUCAGCAACCUCUGGUCAUCCCUACUAAUGGAGAGAAGGGAUGGUAUUAUAAUCCAAAACAGCAAAACAUCCCAAGUUAUUUAUAUUUGAUUUGGCAGUGCAUUACAAUAAAACCUCAUGAAUUCAACCCAAUUAGGAAGAAGCCCAAAUUGUAUUUUAUGAAAAAUUGAUUUUGUAGUUUCCAAAUUUAUACAGCAUUUUGAAUUAAGUAUAGAGAUUCUUCAGACAGUUUUAAUGACUGGUUAAAAAUAUUUGCCAUUAUAUUGUAAAAUCUUAGAAACAGUUACUUAUAAAGUGAGACAUUUUACAACUGCCCUCUGUGGGUUUUAACUUUUUUUUUUUUAUCAUUCUUUCCUAGCUUAUAUUAUGAACAAGGCCUUUCUUGACAUACUAUAAGAAAGUAAAGUCAGUUAAAAUUUUUAUAAAUUUCUAACCUGUUAGAUAUGACUUAACAAAAUUGGCCUACAUGCUAUUUUUCCCUCAGCAGAUUUAUUCUCUUAAUUAUACAUUUCUAAAGCUAAUACAGAUGCGAAGUCAUUUUAUAUGAUACUGUAUUUUUUGUAAUGUCCUUAUGAAAAACUUUUUUUUCUAUUGAUGCAGGUGAUAAUUUUAUAACGCUCUAAUUAAUUCCUGGUCCUUCAGUUUUAUUUUUAAUGAUAAUCUUCUCAGGCCUCUAAGCUUGUUUUUCUUCACAUUUAAUGAUCUGUAAACAAACACUAAAACAUUACAGUUGAGCACCUUUUUACUUUGACACAAAAACUCCUGCCUUGCUUGGGUUUUGUAGCAAUGGCAUUGGCGUUCAUUAUUCACAUGAAGGUGUGUGAGGAGAUUUAGCGGUUCCCAGACGCUGGCCUGUAGACUGGCUACAUCGAAAUCACCCAAAGAGCUCUAAAAAAAUGUAGAUUCCUGGACCUUACUUCCAGAGGUCCUGAUUCAGUGGGUUUUGGUGGAAUCCGGGAAUUUCUGUUUCUGACCAGUUCUCUGGUUGCUUCUGGCGGGCACCCAACCACGGAGAGGAUGGCUGGAGUGGCUAAGAACCCAGUAGCCCAGCAAGGACCCAGAUUUGCCUUCCAUCUGUGCACGGCAGAUAGAGAGUUGGUUGAUUUGAGGACCAGUGAGUUAGCAUAGCCCAGGAAUUAUGAGCUGGGGAGUUUGGUCCUUUGAGUGAGGAUAAGGCUAAUGAGUCAGCUCGUGUUUGUAGCUCACAUCAGAGUCUAGCUCCCCUCUGUUCCCUGUUUCUUCCAAAGAACCCCUUUCUGUUAUUGUUUCUGCCUGGCUUUUUCUAUCGUGGUCAAUAUUCUGAGCCUUGAUCUCCAGAGACUUUUAACACCAGCAACUGUUGGUCUGAAUGCAAUGACCCUUCCCUUCACUUUACUCAGUGUUGCCACUUGCAUGCGCAUCUCAAAUAGCGCCCCCCCAACUUCAUUUUCUUGUUAGCCCUCCCUCGUUGGUUGCACAGGUUGUGAUUAAUCUUGCGCUGUACCUCACGGAACACUGGGUGCCCUUGAGAGAAUGAGCACUAGGGAUUGUGCUGCUGUGGAGUCAGCCCUCUCCAGACUGAGAGGCGGUGUUCGAAUCAAGGAAUUAAAGCCCAAAGUAUUGGCAACCAGAUGUGCCAAAGAAAUACUCACAGAUUUGGAUUGUUAGUGACAGUUCAUUAUUUACUCCACAAAAUGAACUUAUUAAAAGGCCACGAGAAGAGGUUAUGUCAUUUGCAAAUCUGUGCUACAAAUCUAGAGUCAGUGAUGUUCAGGAGUCCUGGGGAGGCUUGAGUGAAGAGGAGAGGCCACUGCUUGGAAAUAGGCUUUUUUUGGACACAUAAACUCAAACUCACAUCCUUUUUUGUAGUGUUGUGUGUAGGUGAAGUGUCAAGGACUCUGGUUCUUGUUAAGGGCAGUUGAAAUUUCAAGCUCUCAUUUUUGAGAAUGAGAUAUAAAAAUACGUGCUUAUGAACUUCACUUGAAUGUUAUCUACAGAGACAUGCCAUCCUUUUUCUGCCCUCUAGUUCCUACUUUUUGAAAGGAUAAAUGUGACCUCCUAAGACAACUGAGCACCUUUCUCCCUUGCAAGAAAAUUCUUGAUUCUCAGGUUCAUGUAAGCAUUUCAUUGGGAUGAACAGCUUUGUCACAGCUUUAAGCGUUGUGGACAUGUGUGGUGCAGUGGAACAAGCCCUGCCCUGAGCCAGGCGAGAAGACCUGAGUGUGUGCUGUGAUGGAUAGUGCAAUUAUGAAGCACUAGGGUGAGCAUCAAGCAGAGCCAGGUCCGCAGUCUGUCUGCUUUGUGAGGCCCUCCUGUGGGACAGACAUCAACAAACAUCUUUUCUGCCAAGAAGGUCACCUGUAGGCAGGGACUUGGCUUCCAUAGUGAAUGGAACGUGAGACCUUUACUCUUUAUUGGCCAGAAAGAAGGCUCAGUCUCUGGGACCUGGCCUGGGCAUGGCAUAUCCAGAAGAUCUCAGGCCUGCAUUGAAAGCCCACCUGGUGGGGUGGGGUGGGUAGUAUGUUCUAAAACAGCAAAAUUCUGCUUAUUUGGAAAAACUGGACCAAAUUAUAGCUUCAGAACUUGUAUGUGUACUUAACGUUUUAGGGAAAUACAGAUUUAUUACUUUUAAGUAUUGAAAAUAUUUUGAAGUAACUGACAAAUUGUUUCUACCCAGAAGCAGAGCUGAUUGUUACGUGUGGUGUGUGUACAUACGCACACACAUACAUGUGUACGUACAUAUACAAAAUGCGUUAUAUAAAUUUCAUAGUCUGAUGGUGCUCAGAGGGACCUUGAAAAUUCUCUAAACUAAAAGCUUUAGGAAUAUUGUUUUAUCUUUGCUUAAACAUUCUUCCCUCAAGUCUUGUUUUAUGUUGUGAAUUUUCAGGGCCAACUCUGGCUUUGGCCUAGUUUAGAUUAAAUUCUACCACAAAUUCCAAAUUAUAAGAGUUGUGAACUUUUCUUCUUCUGAGUUGACCUCAUACAGUUGGCACUUAAAGUGUGUGAAGUAAUGAACUGUUCUUCAAGGGGAUGGACUUGGGCCGAAGACCCUCUCUGUUAUUAUGGAGCUUGGGGUGGGGUGGGGCUGGGACAGGGAGGAAUUAGUAGAGCCUGAAGCUGACUGAGGGCUCAAAAGAAGCAGGGUGAGAGGGGGUCCUGGCUGCUGUGAGGUGGGAACGGGGACCCCUAGAGAGAAGCCCUGGUCCCUCAGUGUCCUUUACAGGCAAAGGUGGGCAUUAGGGUAAUGCUUUGGUGGAUUGUGUAAACCUGGGUGUUUGUAGGUGGUGAGCCUGGCUGCGAUAAACUCCCAGUUGUGUGGCCAAUGGCAUACACUUACGGAAAGCCUGUCUGUGAGAAGAAAUGUUUAUCCCAGAGUCUACAGUAGUAUGCCCCCCAGGCGCUCCUUGGAAACCCUAUGGGGCAGUUUUACUCUGUCCUAUAGGGUUGCUAUGAAUUGGAAUCGACACAACAGCAGUGGGUUUGGUUUUUUGGGGGCAGUUUAGUGUGUAGUUUGGUAGUGGUUGCCUCUAGUAUUUUUUACAUGAUUUCAUCAGCAGGGCCAUACAGUACCUUUGGGGAAAUUAGAAGAAGUUACCCCCUUUCUCUUGGUAGAUGCAACCCCUGGGCUGAGCAGGAGCUUGGUGAGCCUGGACUUCGGUCCGACUCGCCCGUUGGCCAAGUGCAGUUGUGCAGUACAUGACUGGAACAUUGUAUGAGUUGGUCCUGUUUACCAGGCCCUCAGAAGGAGAUUUCCUGUUGCUUCGGAGCCCCUGGCUGGGUGUCUUCCCUGAUAGCUACUUCUGUUCUUUCAGCCUUCCUUCUGCCAUUCCAGAGUUCCCUUUGCUGCCUUCAGGUUCAAGUCCCUUAGAAUGGAACUUCCCAAGAAUGAAAGACUUUCAGAGGUUCCCGGAAAAGGUUGAUGGGGGCUUCUAGGAACACAGCUGGUGAGAUUCCUGGACUGGCACAGUCAGAACAGACCCUCCAGCAAUGCUUGUGUGUGUAAUGGCUGAAGAGCUCAUGUUGCCUGCCCCAGAGAAGGACUGCGGGUCGCUGGAAGGACUGAGCUCGUUCCACAGCCUGGAGGAACUCAUCUUGGACAACAAUCUGCUCGGUGACGACCUGGUGUUGCCAGGGUUACCCAGGCUCCAUACCUUAACCCUCAACAAGAACCAAAUAUCUGACUUGGAGUGUCUGCUUGAUCACCUGGCGGAAGUGACACCAGCUCUGGAGUACCUCAGCCUGCUGGGUAAUGUGGCAUGCCCCAACGAGCUGGUCAGUUUGGAAAAGGAUGAGGAAGACUACAAGAGAUACAGAUACUUCGUUUUGCACAAGCUACCCAACUUGAAGUUUCUGGAUGCCCAGAAAGUAACCAAACAGGAACGAGAGGAGGCAUUGGUCAGAGGGGCAUUUAUGAAGGUGGUGAAACCCAAGGUUUCCAGCGAGGAGGUUGCUGCCUCUCUGGAGCACCACUAUACACCCCUGCCUUCUGCUUCCAGGGAGCUCACCAGUCACCGAGAUCGAGGCCAACGCCAUUGCCUCAUUUAGGAUGGUUCUUAUACUUGAAAAGGAACUGAAAAGUUGAGACGUGCAUGCAGAGUCAACACAGAUGGUUUGACUAAAGUGGUCCUGACGAGCACCAGGGCUCUGCCGAUUGUCAGAAGCAGUCUGAUGAUGACACAUUUGAAGCUCUGCAGACUGGUUUGCAUUUUGGUAAAUACGAACAAUCAGGGAAGGCAUAGUUAUGCUAUGGGGAGUUCUGAGAUGUGGAGCGAACAAGUUAAUUGUUCAGCCUCAACAGAGACCUUGCAUUCAAGUCAUUAAUCACAGUGCACAGUCUGGAGCCUUGGCCCCAAAGUUCCAUUCUAGAUUCUGCUCUCCUACUCCAGAUGAGGGCUCCGUCCAGGUGCUGGCCAUUUGCAUUUCCCUCCAACUGGGCUGAUUUAUGGACCCUGAGAUGUUUCCUGGUUUUUCCAAAUUCUGUUCCAUGACUUUGUAAUAAAAGGGACGUGUGAUUUCUGGCUUUUUGCAGACCCUCAGUUUUAACAUCCCUAAUACCAAAGAUUUUUUCAAUUAGUCUGUGGCCUGUUUUCUGUGAUCUGGAGGUUAGAAAUGCUGUCCUGUGUUUCGAGUAUCAAAGUGAAGACUUUAGGGACUCUUUUAUUUCUUUCCUCUUUGGCUGGAGUUGAAGAUGCGAAAGUCCUGUUAGAGGCUUUGUUCCUGCAUUCAACAUCUCAGUGCAAAUUAAGGCUAGGGAGACCUUGGUGGCACAACGCAAUGCAGGUGUUGGAGUCAGCCCCCUCCUGCCCCCGUGCAUAUGGUUCAGGGUAUGAUAUCAGGAGGCCUUCCAAACAUGGGCCAGAUCUCCAGUGUCAGUGUAAGGCAAUAUUGAAGACUUCAAAAGAGAACCUGGGUGUCAAAGGAGGACAUUGUAAUAUUAAGGCUGGACAAGCUGCUGCUGAGAGUUACCUGGUUGACUGAAAGGUAAGCCCGAUCUGACUUUGAUAAGGGGCAACAUAUCCCCUGGGAGUUUUUCCCAAGUGGCAGAAAGGUGUCACAGGAAAGUAAUUGGAAAUUGAUAUUUGGCGUAUCUCUGGAUUCUUUUUUAUUCCUGAUAACACCAAAGGGUUUGGCCAAGAGUCACUGGUGACUAACGCGUGAGAUCUUGCAAUCCAUGACUGAAAAACAAUCUCCUCUUUGUUGAAAGUGAGCAGCUGCUUUCUGAUCCCUGCUUCCUACUAGCAUAGCAAGUGUGGAGGCCCAUGGAUUUAACUUGGGUGAAAUGACUAUGGCCAGUCUCUCCUUUUGAUAAUUCUCUGAAACAAAACUGUCACUGGAGCUUACGUACUGUCCUUCAAAUCCAGCUCCUUUCAACGGGUGCUUGUUCCAAACCGGCUGUGGGCUCAGUGUUGUGUUGCGUGCCAGAAGGUAUACAGAAUAAAUAUCAUAUAUGGUCUUUGUCCUUGAGGACCGUAGAGGCUAGAGGAAAGAUAAUGUGUUCAUGAAACACAUUUUACAUGGCAAGAUAAGAUACGUAUGUGCCCAAGCGAGUGGAACUGGGAAUAAGUACAACAGGGAGUCAGACAACGGGAGUAGGGUGGACUGGAGUUGUCAGGGAAGGCUUUAUGAAUGAGGUGGGGUACAGACACAAAUAUCCCAAACCUAGAUCUCUCCCUUAAAGAAAUUGCAAGGAGCACAGGAUCAGAUUAUCAAGAGAUUAUGGGACCGCCUUUAAAUGGAAGCAAAUUUGUUCAGUAUGAGAAUGGAUUAAUUUAGUUGAGCCAAUAUGUAUUGAGUACAUACUAUGCGCUGGGAAGUGUAUUUAAUGUGGUAGGGAAAGAAAAAUGUUUAUAAACGGCACGUGUAGGUGAUUCUCAGCUCUUACCUUGUCUUAUGCAGAUAAAGUUAGUUCUGGUCUAUAUUUCUCCAAAGUCAGUACUUUUUACCACUUAACAUUCUGCGUCUCAAAAAGACCAUCUCAUCCAACGUGUCUUUGGGUCGAAGAGCCAGGUGUAAUUUUUUGUGUAGUGGAGGAAUGGCAUGUUCAGUUUCCUAAGUCGUAUACAACGUGAAAAGUUGCCUGCAAGUGAUUGUGAAAGGAAGAGGCAUUGAGUUAGCAUUAGACAUAGUACAUUAUUGGGUUAGGGAGUAUUUGGAAUAGCGUUUGAAAAGUCGGUACCUGUCCCAAACUCAGGGCCACAAGUAAAACCCAAGCUCUCUGAAGAUCACAUUUUUCUCCGGGACAGCUGCUUUGGGAACCCAAUUAGAAUGUUCUCCCAUCAGUAGAAUUUGAGACAGACUUGUGCUGGGCUCUUUGGCACUUCUGGGGUUUAAAACUGAUACCACCCAGAUACAUUGGGUAAGUGACUGAAAGAUCUAUCUGUAUUCUUCCUUGAAAUAUGAGGAAAAUUAUUGUUUGUUCACUUCUUAAGGUACAGGUGUAACUGGGCAAUCGCAAGUUGUUCUAAAAAGAGAAAUCAGGACAAUGAUGGUGGUGGCAGUGGUGGUUGUCAUAGAUGUGAUAGUCAUUAUUCCAGAUACCCACAUAAUUUUUAAAUAAUAUAACUGCAGAACACUAGAAAGCUCUGGAAAGAAUCUAAGAUAUCAAGCUUCGAGACGCAGAGGUGUCAGAGAUGAUUUAGCUAAGCAAUACCAGAAGAGGCCUAAAAAAUCCCCUUUUCUAGCGAGCAAUCAUUCUCAUACCACAAUGAGACCCCUGCUUAGUAACCCCUGCAUUUCUGCCACCCAUGUGACUGCUUUUUGAAACUAACUUAGGUAUCAAAUUCAAAGGGAAUUCUGAGAAAACUUUGUAUUUUUUAUUGAGGGGGAUUGGUGGAAAGAAAAGCUAGAAGAAAUUUGAAAUCAUUCUUGAUUCAUGACACUUUCCUUGGAAUUCAAUCACUCUCUUCAUCAGAAAGGUUCAUCUCAACCUCCAUGGGCAGGCCCUUGCAUACGUGUUUGCUUGCUUAUAUGCGUGCAUGUGUGUAUUGAUAUACAUUCCUCGUCAUCAUCUGCAGGCAUUUUACAAAUAAUGGGUCGUGUAUGUUUUUUAUCAUCUUGUUUCUUAAAUGGAAAUGACAACUUCAAAAUUUUCACAAAUAGUUCUACUAUGGUGAGGAGAUUCCAGCGUGUAGCCCAGGGUUAUCUUUAGGCCACAUAAUUCCAUAGACAAGUAGACAUGGGAAGUGUGUAGGCAGUGGCUUUGGAAUUUUUGUCCUCUUUUCCUGGGUCACUAUGAGUCGGAACCAACUCAAUGGCAAUGAGUUUUUUUUUUUUUUCAUCCUGGGGUAGGCAGGCAGACAAAGUUGAUUUAAAAAAAAAAAAGGUUGAUUAGUGAAGAACUAGUAAAAUAAAGAGCAAGUAAAAAAAGGCAGAACAAGGUUGAGAUGCCAUCAAGAAAAAGGUGGCAGAGGUAGAAAGAGACAAGAGGGGGUAUAAAUGCCCUCCACCCCUCUUCUGUCCUUCCUCUUCUGAGGUCAUUACUGGGCUGGGGGUGGAGUCCAGAAAGCAUAAAAGGAGCUUGGACUUUUGGUCUGGAAUUUGCAUUUUUGGUAAAUCUCUUUUGGAAGCCUUCUUGACAGAACCAGGGGAUUCUGUAGAACCAGGAGAUCAGAGUGGAGCCCAGAAGAGAAGCCAUUCAGAACUCGAUCCAGGCUCUGGGCUUAAUAGUGAGACAGCACUACAGGGCUGGGAAAUAUUGUGUAUGGCUUAGCAGUUUUCAUAAAUCAAGGGUCCAAGUUGGCAGGAUCAAAAUCUGCCCUAAGCUCCACGCACCAAGCUGUGGGUCUGCCCGUGCUUCCACCAGAAAUAGCACCUGUUUUUAAUUAACCCGAAGAAUUAAUUAGAACACCAUAGCCCCUAUAUGGGGGAUUUUUAUUUUAACUUUCUAUUUUUAAAUGAUUAUAGACUUUGCAGGAAGUUACCAAGAUAGGACAGACAAUCCCAAGUACCCUUCUCCCAGCUUCACUCAAUGGUUACAUCAGACAUAAGUAUAGCACAAUGUCAAAACCGGGUAACUGACAUCAUUACAAUACGUGUGUCUAGUUCUUGACAGUUUACCACAUGUGUAAAUUCUUAUAAUCACCAAGAUCAAGAUGGAGAACUGCUCUGCCAUCACAAAAACCUACCUCACGCUACCCUUUCACAGGCACACCCAACUUCCUUCCUUCCCCAGUCCCUAACUCCUGGCAACCUCUAGUCUAUUCUCCAUCUCUGUAAUUUUAUCAUUUCAAGAAUGUUAUAUAAAUGAAGGCCAACAGUAUAUAAGCUUUGGGAUUAUCUUUUUUUUUCACUCAGAAAAAUUCUCAGGUGACUCAUCUAAGUUGUGCAUGUAUGGAUAGUAUGUUGCUUUUUAUUGCUGAGUCGUAUUACAUGGUAUGGAUGUACCACAUUCUGGUUAUUUCCACUUUUAGGCUAUUAAAAACAAAGCUGCUAGAGAUAUUGGUAUACAGACUUUUGUGUGGACAUAAAUUUUCAUUUUGGGGGGAUAAAUGUCCAGAAGUUUAAUUGCUGGCAUCUUUCUUCUCCUCCUCCUCUUUCUUCCUAAUUCUCUUCCUCCCCCUCCCUCUCCUCUUCCUUCUCCUAUUUCAUUGUGGUGUAAUAUAUAUACCUGGAGAAAGACAUCAUGCUUGGUAAAGUAGAGGGCCAGUGAAAAAGAAGAAGACCCUCAACGAGAUGGAUUGACACAGUGGCAUCAUCAAUGGGCUCAAGCAUAGCAAUGAUUUUAAGAAUGGCACAGGACUGGGCAGUGUUUCAUUUUGUUGUACAUAGGGUCACUAUGAGUUGGAACUGACUGGAUGGCACCUAAUAACAACAACGGUGAUGACGAUGACAAUGAUAACAACAUAUUAUUUUAACCAUUUUUAAGUGGCAUUAAUUAUACUUACAAUGUUAUGCAGCCAUAACCACUAUUUAUUUCCAAACAUUUUUAUCACUGUAUAGAGGAAUUUUAAGCUUCCUUCUAGGUCACACAAGCCUAGUUCCAUGCCUCAGAAAGGAAGCAGAGACUCAGAGCUAAAGUUCUUGAGCAAAGCACCCCUUGAUGUACUUUCUUUUGGGUAACAGAGAAAGCACUGUGGCUCAUGGAGCUGACUAGCUGCAGAGGCCCCCUCCUCAGCCUCCAGUAGGCAGGGUACAUUUAAAAGGGAAAAGAGGUACUUUAUUUCAUAGUCUCAAGGAGGGAGCCACAAAGCCUAGGGCCUGGAGACCCAACUUUCCACGUUUUUUUACCCCUGCUCUCCCUUUAGCAAGGUUAUAAGCCAAUCUGGCAUUAGUGGUUCCUUCUUUCACUGUUUAUAAACUCUGUGUCUUAAUUAUCAUACAGAACUUUAUGCUACAGAUCAUGGGGGUGUGAGGCCUCUGUAAGAAUUUCUUGACUCUGAGUUGCUUAAAGGCCCUUGUUAAAACAGGAAAGACAAGCAUAAUCAUAUUAACUGAAGUGCGUACAAAGCCUGUUUGACAACAGCUAGAGGACCUUGAAUACUCAGAGACCGCCAUCACAUAUGGAGAGAUCCUCCCACCCUCACCUUGGUGUUGUUUUUUCUCACUGAAGAAUAAAAAAAAAAUAGAAACAGUAAAUGGCCUAAAGCAAGCUGAAAGCAAAUCCCUUGGCUUUACUCAUUUCAUGACUGCAAUACUUGGUGGUAGUAUUAUUAAAAGCCCUGGCAGUCCUCCUAGGAGAAAUGCCAGUAAUGAGGUGACUGAGCAUUCAUUCACUUGCUCUAAGCUCCUUCUGAAAUAACAUGGUGUAUAAAAGAAUAUGGGAACAUAAUUGUCAGCAAAGAUGUCGUGUUAACUUUAGGAUGUCCACAAACAAAGGUAUAUUAUAUCCUUUGUUCUUGAACUGCUACAGGUGCCAAAUUAUGCACAGGGUUCCCUCUUGGAGGUGAAUCCUUGUGAGCCUAGGGGUAACCAAACACUGAUUUCAGAAAGAAGACGCCUUUGGUGCUGUUUACACCUGAGCUGUGAGAGGAACCAUGGGCCUCCUAGCUUUCCUGCAUUCUGCUAGGGCAGACAUGGCAAGAGGGUGGCAGUCUUAGAAAUGGUUGGAGGCUUGGGUAAACAGUCCACGGCCUCCAUCAAGGGAGCUUAACCAUAGUAAGUACCCUUAAAACUCUGGUGAAAUAAUUCAUAACUUUUGGUUUUAUCUGCACAGCAACAUAUGCUAACAGAUGCUCUGUUCAAAGUGUGAAUUGUUGACUAAUAUGACGCCAGGCAUCUGGAACAGAGAACAGUGGAAUUUGGGGGGUUGAGUAGGACUUAAAUGUCAUCCAGUCUAACCACAGCUGUCUGAAUGCACAUAGUAAGCAUUCAGUGAAUAUUUGUUGAUUAGAUUUCCUUUGAUUUGAAUAGCUUUCUUGCUUGGAUUUGAGCCCAGAUGUUUGGCCUCCAGCCAGAGUAGUGUGAUCUGCAUCCAGUCAGUGGCCUCAUCACCAUGGUGACAUUCAACAAGGGGCGGUGUUCCUUCAGUCCCCAAAAGGAAGUGCCUUCUCAUCUCUCUCAGCCCAUCCGUUCUGACUCAUGUGACCUUAGGUCUCAGAAAACAUUGCAGGUAGUCCACAGAGCUGGCUAGCUGCAGGAACUACCCUCCACAUUCCCAUUUUCCCCCAGUGUAAUUGUGGUUAUAGCUGAAGGCAGAGAACACUGAAGUCUUGGCCAACACACCAAGCCAGUGCUCCUGACAGGUACUUGAGCAGCCAUUUAUUCAUCCAUUCCACUGAUCAUUGAAUAUGUGUUGAGUAGAGGCCUGUUUUUUUAGAGGCCUGUUAGUUCACAGCACUCACCUAAAACCUAAGGAAGAGAUAUGAGAAGAUACAUGGUAGGGAAGGGAGAAGGUUAAAAUCUGAGUAGGAAUAUGAGACAUUCAUUAGCUUCUAGGGAGCAAUGAGAAGAAAAGGUAGUUCCAAGAAAGGGCACCAACUGUGUACCCUACCCUAUCCUACUCUGUACGUUAAUGUGGAUGGUAUGCUGAACAGGGGGGAGGGGAAGCUAUAUGGUAGAGUGGAUGGAUAGAACAUGAGAUCUAAGUCUGUAUUUUGGAUCCAUCUUAUAACGCCAGAAUGUAGCUUUAAGCUCAGGUGUCAGUUCCUCCAACUUUAAAAUAAAAUAAUAUAAAAGGAUGCUUUCCUUGUUCUUCAGUACUAUCUUUCUCUGAUUCUCUGCUCAAAUCAGGAAUGGAUGAGAUCUUUAUUUUCCUGUAGUCUUGUUUCCCCAAACACCUGAAACUGACCAGUUUCUUGGAUAGUCAAGUACACUUCUAAUAUUCUAAAGACUCCAGGAAUGAAAGAGACUUAGACUGAUACCUCAGUACCUUGGUUAGAUGACAGCAGUGUUUGGAGGUAUAUGAAAAUCCAUUUUAGGUAAUAAUAUAUAGAGAGAUUUGUCAAGGCUGGGAGUGAAGCUAUAGUCCAAAGUGUAGAAGUAGCAAAUUUUAUCUUUCCACUUAGAUCAUGUUCCUUGAUUUAGUUUUUUAUCUCAUGACCAAGAGCAUUCUGUUGCCCUUGAGUUGGUCUAGUGGCAUUUCAGACUUCCUUUGGUUCAUGAAGUAUUGGUAUGGCAGCCUUGCAAGUAGGUCCCAGAGAUCUCUGCUGGAAUGUUGAAGGUGGUGUUUCUUCAGCUCACAAUAAAUAAGGAUUGUAUUUUUGUAGGUGGUUGAAACUAGAGACAAAAUAAUUAAUCUGGAGUUAGACCUAGGAUGUAGUGUAGGUGGAAGCUAUAAUCCUGUCCGGCUGAAAGAUACAUUCACGACCAAAGUGGUUUCCCAUCUCUUCAGACCUCAUGAGGAACCGAGUAGUUAACUAUAAAAAGGGGAAAGCAAAGAAGUCAUUAAGACCUUCUCACUACUCUUUGGUACUUUAUAGCUUUCAGAGAGUUUUAUAAGGUUUAUUAACCGACUUGUUUAAUCCCCACAACAAUUCUGUGAGCUCAGUAUUAUAUCCCUGUAUUACUAACGAGGAAAUUGAGAAACAUAUGUAUUGGUGGAGUGGGCUGUUUCACACAGUACAUGAUUGGUGGAUGCUAGGAAGAGCUAUCACACAAGUUCCACAAUUUCCUCCUCACCUCAACUGCUGCAGUUGAAAUUAUUCUGUAAGUCAUUUCUGAUUCUAAGUACUCCCUUUUAAAUGCAUAUACUCUUGGGAUACAAAUCACAUCAUACUUAUUAUUACUUAAAUAAUUGUCUGGAUGAUGUUUUAACAAAUAUUUUCAUCGAUAUAGUUGUGAACAGAAUGUUAACUUGUGAAAGUUAGAAUAGGGUUGGAUUGAGAUUGAUAUAGGUAUGGGGAUCUUAUUUAGAAAGUUACACCUGGUAGGAAUCAAAUCAAUGACGUGUGGAAAAAGACAAUGGAGAAGCUCAGUAUCAUCAGUCAAAACAAGGCCAGGGCCUGACCGCAGAACAGACCAUCAGUUGCUCAAUGCAAGUUCAAGUUGAAGCUAAAGAAGAUUAGAACGACUCCACAAGAGCCAAGGUAAUACCUUGAGUAUAUCCCACAAAAAUUUAGAGAUCAUCUCAAGAUCCGAUUUGACACAAUGAAUACUAAUGACCAAAGACCAGACAAGUUGUGGGAUGACAUAAGAAAGCAAAGGUCAUUAAAAAGACAGGAAAGAAAUAAAAGACCAAAAUGGAUGUCAGAAAAGACUCUGACACUUGUUCUUGAAUGUAGAGUAGCUAAAGUAAAUGGAAAAAAUGAUGACGUAAAAGAGCUGAACAGAAGAUUAUGGAGUGGCUUGAGAAGGCAAAACCAAUUAUUAUAAUGAAAUGUGCAAAGAACUGGAGUUAGAAAACAAAAAGGGAAGAACAUGCUUGGCAUUUCUCAAGCUGAAAGAACUGAAGAAAAAAACGUGAGCCUCGAGUUGCGAUCUUGAAGAAUUCCAUGGGCAAAAUAUUCAAUGAUGCAAGAAGCAUCAAAAGAAGAUAGAAGGUCUCUUAGUCACCUAGUACUGCUAUAACAAAAAUACCACAAGUGGAUGGCUUUAACAAAGAGAAAUUUAUUUCUUCACAGUAAAAUAGGCUAAAAGUCCAAAUUCAGGGUGCCAGCUCCAAGGGAAGGCUUUCUCUCUCUGGUGGCCUCCUCAUCAAUCUUCCCCCUGGACUAGGAGCUUCUCUGCACAGUGACCCUGGGGUACCUGCUCCCGGUGCCUCUUUCUUGGUGGUAUGAGGUCCUCCUGUCUCUCUGCUUGCUUCUCUCUUUUAUAUCUGAGGAGAUUGCCUCAAGACACAACCCAGUUUUGUAGGUUGAGUCCUACCUCACUAACGCAACUGCUGCCCAUCCUCCCUCAUUAACAUCGUGGAGGCAUCAUUAACGUCGCAGAGGCAGGAUUUACAACAUAUAGGAAAAUCACACAAUACCGGGAAUCAUGGCCUAGCCCAAUUGAUACACACAUUUUUGGGGGACAUAAUUCAAUCCAUGACAGAAGGAAUAAACAGAGUCACUGUACCAAGAAGAAUUGGUCAUUGUUCAACCAUUUUGGGAGGUAGCAAAUGAUCAAGAAUUGAUGGAUUGAAGAAAGAAGUCCAACCUGCGCUAAAAGCAUUGACGAAAAACAAGGCUUCAGAAUCUGACAGAAUACCAAAUGAGAUGUUCCGAAAAACAUAGGCAACGCCAGAAUUGCUCACGUGUCUAUGCCAAGAGAUUUGGAGGAAGACUACCUGACCAAUGGACUGGAAGAGAUCCAUAUCUGUGUCCAUUCCAACGAAAGGUAAUCCACCACAAUGUGAAACUUAUUGAACUAUAUCAUUAGUGUCACACCCAAGUAAAAUUUUGCUGAAGAUAAUUCAAAAAAUGGUUGCAGCAGUACAUUGAUGGGGUACUGCCAGAAAUUCAGGCCAGAUUCAGAAGAGAACGUGGAAUAAGGGAUAUCAUUGCUGAUGUCAGAUGGAUCCUGGCUGAAAGCAGAGAAUACCAGAAAGAUGUUUACCUGUGUUUUAUUGACUAUGCAAAGGCAUUCAGCUGUGUGGAUCAUAACAAAUUAUGGGUAACAGUACAAAGAAUGGGAAUUGUGCUCGUGUAGAACCCAUGCAUAGAUCAAGAGGCAGUUGUUCGAACAGAACAAGAGGAUACCACGUGAUUUAUAAUCAGGAAAGGUGGGCAUCAGGUUUGCGUGCUUUCACCAUACGUGUUCGAUCUGUAUGCUAAGCAAAUACUCUGAGAAGCUGGACUAUGUGAAAAAGAAUGUGGCAUCAGGAUUGGAGGAAGACUCGUUAACAACCUGAGAUGUCCAGAUGACACAACCUUGCUUGCUGGAAGCAAAGAAGACUUGAAGCACUUACUGAUGAAGAUCAAAUACUACAUACUUCAGCAUGUAUUACAGUUCAACAUAAAGAAAACAAAAAUCCUGACAACUGGACGGAUAAGCAACAUCAUGAUAAAUGGAGAAAAGAUUGAAGUUGCCAAGGAUUUCAUUUUACUUGGAUUCACAAUCAAUGCCCAUGGAAGCAGCAUAUUGAAUUGGUGAAAUUUCCUGCAAAAGACCUCUUUAAAGUGUUAAAAAGCAAAGAUGUCACUGAGGAGGACAAAGGUGCACCUGACCCAAGCCAUGAUAUUUUCAAUCACCUCAUAUGCACGUAAGAGCUCGACAAUGAACAGGGAAGACCAAAAAAUCAUAGAUACCUUUGAAUUAUGGUGUUGGUGAAGAAUACUGAAUAUACCACGGACUGCCAGAAGAACAAACAAACCUGUCUUGGAAGAAUUACAGCCAGAAUGUUCCUUAGAAGCGGGGAUGGUGAGACUUCAUCUCAAGUACUUUAGAUAUGUUAUCAGGAGGGACUAGUCCCUAGAGAAGAACAUCAUGCUUGGUAAAGUAGGUCAGUGAAAAAGAGGAAGACCCUUGAUGAGAUGGAUCGAUGUGGUGGCUGAAACGAUGGGCUGAAACAUAGCAGUGAUUGUGGGAAUGGUGCAAGACUUGGCAGUAUUUUGUUCUGUUGCACAUAGGGUGGCCCUGAGUUGGAACCAACUCGAGAACACCUAACAACAACAACAACAUCCUUAGUAGGGUAUGAUAAUGGGCAACUCAGGAACUCCAAUUCUGAAUGAUAGGAGUCCCUCAGUAGGUAGCAAUGCAGGGAAGAAGCAGGAAGAGAGUGAAAACACAAGUUCCCGUAUUUUGGCUUGUUUGGCCUGUGUUUGACCCACUCCUGGUGAAUGGAGCAGGACUGUGAUGGACGAGGGCAAACCUGUCUGGCAUUACUCACCAGUACCUGGCUUUGAGCACUGGUCCAUUUCAUAUGUUCUCUUAUUUUACUACUUUAGGCAGAAAAAUCAUUUCCCUUAUUCCCCUCUGCUGUGUGCCACUUGAAACUGAAAUCUUCAUAUUGAGCAAAUGUACCAAAGAACACUCCAUAAACUUAAUGAGGGGAGAUGAAGAGAUAUGUGCCAGAAACCCAGAAGAUUUAAUGCUGAUGAGGUUAUGACUAUCAUAUGUUUAGUUAAAUUGUUGACACUGAUAGGACGUUGCCAAAGAAAUCUACCGGCCGUUUUCUUCUUGUAUCAGUGAUAAUGGUUCCUUGGUGUGCUCUUUUCAGUUAACAAAAAUAUUCCCGAAAGUUAAAUGCAGGGAGAAAGAGUGACAUAAGAAAUACUUUUAUUAUUUCUGUUCUACUGGGAGUUCCCUCCAGGAAUAUUAUUUAAAGAAGAACUUCUCCAAGUGGCAAACGAAUUUGAAGGGAAGGACUCACUGGUUCUGAGGUGAAUACAGCAAAGAGACACAGAGGCUCCUAACCCCUGUGCUUGUAGCUUUGCCCCAGCAAACCUGUCCAGGACAACGGUGCCAUAGCAUUCCCAAAACACCUCUCUUCUCUUUUGUGAUCUCCCUCCAUUCAAAAAGUGACAGAAGUUCUCCAUUGCCUAGCGGAUAAAAUCUCAACUCCUUUGAGUGGCAUUUAAGACAUAAAUGACAUCGUGGUUUCUGUAAACGUUGGUUUGAAUUUUGUACUAGUUGUAUGACCUUGGACAGAUAACUUAAACUCCUUGAGCCUCAGUUCCUUCAUUUAUAAAACAGGAUUAUUGUGAUAAUUAAAUUAAUUUAAAGUGACAUAGUAGUUAGCACAGAGUAGACACUCAAUACUUGUUAAUGAAGAAAUGGGAACUGGAAGGCAAUUUAGCACAGCACUUAAGAGCACUGGCUGUGGAGACACAAGCUCUACUUAUCUUCUUAUGUCUCUGAUUGCCUACUUGUACAAUGCAGGUAAGUUAUAAGAGUCGAAUGAGUUAGUGCAUAUCAGGAACUUUAAACAGUGCCUGGCCCAUGUUAACCCCUCUGUAAGUUAAGUAUUAGGCUCCUGUUGCUGCUGUCGUGGCUUUUAUUAUUCAGUUAUCUGUCCUUGCCCUAUCUGUCAGCCUUAUCUCAAGUUUCUACCUUACCAGUGGAGAGGGUACCUGUACCAAGUCAUGACAUUAUAAGGUGGAGACUUUAACUUCCAUGGGCUUUGCUCAAUGCCUGCAAAAUGACUGUUUUUUGUUGUUAAAAUAUAUACAAAUAUGUGCUUGUCCUAAGGUAAGAAUAAAGAAAAGGCAUCCAUACUAGAAAGGAAAAAGUAAAACUGUCUUUAUUCACAGAUGAAAUGAUUGUCUACGUGGAAAGUUUGAUCAAUUUACAAAAAGCUACUAAGACAAAUAAGUAAAUUUAGCAAGGUUGCAGAAUACAUAAUAAAUACACAAAUAUCAGUUGUGUUUCUAAACACUAUCAAUGAACAAUCAGAAAUUUAAAUUUGAAGAAAAAGAUAAAUUGACAAUAGCAUCAGAAAUAUGAAAUACUCAGGGAUAAGUCUGACAAAAUACGUGAAAAACUUACACACUGAAAAGUACAAAACGCUGCUGAGAGAAAUUAAAGAUCUAAAUAAAUGCAGAUAUAUACUGUGUUCAUGAGUCUGAAGACUCGAUAUUGUUAAGAUGUCAGUUCUCACAAAGUUGAUCUAUAGAUUUACUGCAAUUCCAGUAAAAAUCCCAACUGACUCUAAGAUUCACGUGGAAAUAGAACUUUGAAAAAAAAACAACUGGGAGAUAAAUACUACCUGAUCUUAAGACAUUAUAAAUCUACAUUAACGAAGAGCAAAGAGGUGGGGUAUUAGCAGAAAGAUAGGAAACAAACAAAAAACAAUGGAACAAAAUAGAAAGUCUAGAAAUAGACCCACAUGUAUAAGAACAACUGAUUUUUAACAAAGGUGCAAAGGCAACUCUGUGGAGAAAUGAUGUCUUCUCAACAAACAGUGAUGGGACAAUUACAAAAACAUAACCUUUAAUUCAUAAUUCACACCAUAUACAAAAAUUAACUCAAAAUAGAUCGCAGUCCUAAAUGUAAAACAUAAAACUAUUAAACUUCUAGAAGAAAACACAGGAGAAAUUAUUUGUGACCUUGGAUUUAGUGAUGAGUUUUUAGAUACACCACCAAAGGACCAUCUAUGAAGAACAAAGGAAGACAUUAGAAUUCAUUAACAUUUAAAACUUCUGCUCUUCAAAAGACAGUAUAAGAGAAUGAAGAGAUAAGCUACCGACAGGGAGAAAAUAUUUGCAAAUCAUUUAUCUGAACAUGAUUUGUAUCCAGAAUAUAUAAAGAACUUUCAGAACUCAACAAUAAGUAAACAAACAAUAUAGUUUAAAAAAUGGGAAAAGAUUUUGAACAGAUAACUUUACCAAAGAAGAUAUCUGGAUGUCAGUUAAUCACAUGAAAAGAUGCUCAUCAUCAUUAGUUAUUAGAAAAUGCAAAUUAAAACCACAAUGAGAUACCACUAUACAUAUAUUAGGAAUGCUAAAACUAAUGACUGACCUUACCAACUGUUGGUGAGAAGGCAGAGGAGAUGGAAUCCUCAUUCACUGCUGGUGAGAAUGUAAAAUGCUACAGCCACUUCGGAAAACAGGUUGGCAGUUUUUUAAAAAGCUAAGCAUAUAGCUAGCAUACAAUCCAGUCAUUGAACUUUGAAGUAUUUAUCCAAGAGAAAAGAGGACUACACAUUCAUACAAAGAGUUGUACACAAAUGUUCAUAGUAGUUUUAUAUGUAAUAACUCCAAACUGGAAAUAAUUCAAAUGUCUAUCAAGAGUCGAAUGGAUAAACAAACUGGUAGACACAUAUACUGGAAAACUACUCUGAAAUAAAACAGAACGAGCUGUUGAUGCAUGCAACAAUAUGAAUGAAUCUCAAAAUAAUUAUGCUGAGUAAAAGAAGCCAGACCAAAAAUAGUGUGCACUUACAGUGCAGUGAAUUACUCUAUAUGGCCUUUCUAGCCACAGUCUUUGUGACUUCCAUGCAGUGAUUUGGGUGGGACUAUGCAAAUGAGGUAUAUAGAACCUAUGAUGGUUAAGGUUAUGUAUCAGCUUGGCCAUGAUUUUCAGUGGUUUCACAGUUAUGUAAUGAUGUAAUUUGGCAAUUAUGUCAGGAUGUAGUCAUCCUCCAUUUUGUGAUCUGAUAUAAUUAUCCUCAAUUUGUUGUGAUGUGUUGCAAAUCCUAGCCUCUAUGCCUGAGAUUGCUAUGAGUCAGAAUCGACUCAAGAGCAGUGGCAACAGAUGCCUGUGGUAAAAGGAGAUCUGGUGGCACAGUUGUUAAAAUGCUCAGCUGCUAACCAAAAGGCUGGCAGUUCGAACCCACCAGCUGCUCUGGAGGAGAAAUCUGUGGCAGUCUGCUUGCAUAAAGAUUGCAUCCUUGGAAACCCUAUAGUGCAGUUCUACUCUGUCGUGUGUCAGCAUCAGCUUGAUGGCAAUGAGUUUAUGCCUGUGGUUAUGGUCCCAUUUGAGAGUCAGUUGUCUGUUAUGUUAAUUAGGCAGGAUUAGAGUAGGACGUAUCUUGAGUCACUGCCUUACUACAGGGUGUGACUCAAGUUACCGGCUUUACCCCAGUCACAACCCUUACCACCCUUAUUCAAGUUAUGACUUUAUUUGAGUCACACCUUUUAUCUUAUAAGAGAUAAAAGGAUAGAGAAGUGAGCAGAGAGAAGGGGACCCACUACUACAAAGAAGAAGAGCUAGGAGUAGAAUGUACCCUUUGGACCUGGGAUUCCUGUGGUGAGAACCUCCUAGACAGAGAGACAGAGAGCUGUAACACUGGAAAUGGUGCAAGACUGUGAGAAGCAGCGGCAAGCGUGACAGAGAACUGUAGCAGCAGAACCAGGAGGCAAGCAUGAGUCGGCACUGUGGGCUUCCCAGCCCAUGGAGCAAAGCAGCUACAGUGGGUAUGCCAACCGAGAGAGCAAGAGAGCUGAGUGUCUUUGGGCAGGAGGCUUCCUGGCAGAAUGGGGUGUCUCCAGGCACUUGUGAAUGGAGCUAGGCCCCACAGAGUGAGAGAGUUGAGUGCCCUCUGGCCAGGGAUUACUGGCAGAAUUGGAUGCCCCUGGGCACUUGUUGGUGGAGCUAAAGAGAUUUAUAACAUUUGCCUGAAGAAGACAGAGGCCGGGCCUGGGGACUGAGGGGUGGAGGGCCAGAACGAGGGGUCUACCUUCUGGCAUGGCUGAGAGGAGGCUGUCCUGAUUGAAGAACUAUGUAUCCUGAGUCAAUUCUUUUUAUUUUUUAUUUUUAUUGUGUUUUAAGUGAAAGUUUACAAAUCAAGUCAGUCAGUCUUACAAAAAUUUGUAUACACCUUGCUAUAUACUCCUUGUUGCUCUUCCGCAAUGAGACAGCACACUCCUUCCUUCCACUCUCUAUUUUCGUGUCAGUUCGGCCAGCUUCCAGCCCCCCUUUGCUCUCUCAUCUCCCCUCCAGACAGGAGCUGCCCACAUAGUCUCACGUGUCUACUUGAUCCAAGAAGCUCACUCCUCACCAGUAUCAUUUUCUAUCCCAUAGUCUGAUCCGGUCCGUAUCUGAAGAGUUGGCUUUGGGAAUGGUUCCUGUACUGGGCUAAUAGAAGGUCUGGGGACCAUGGCCUCUGGGGUCCUUCUAGUCUCAGUCAGACCAUUAAGUCUGGUCUUUUUAUGAGAAUUUGAGGUCUACAUCCCACUGCUCUCCUGCUCCCACAGGGGUUCUCUGUUGUGUUCCCCGUCAGGGCAGUCAUUGGUUGUAGCCGGGUACCAUCUAGUUCUUCUGGUCUGAGGCUGAUGUAGUUUCUGAUUUAUGUGGCCCUUUCUGUCUCUUGGGCUCAUAAUUACCUUGUGUCUUUGGUAAUCUUCAUUCUCCUUAGCUCCAAGUGGGUUGAGACCAAUUGAUGCAUCUUAGAUGACCUCUUGCUAUUGUUUAAGACCCCAGACGCCACUCUCCAAAGUGGGAUGCAGAAUGUUUUUUUAAUAGAUUUUAUUAUGCCAAUUGACCUAGAUAUCCCCUGAAACCAUGGUCCCCAAACCCCCGCCGUUACUACGCUGGGCUUCGAAACGUUCAGUUUAUUCAGGAAACUGCUUUCCUUUUGGUUUAGUCCAGUUGUGCUGACCUCUCCUUUAUUGUGUGUUGUCUUUCCCUUCACCUAAAGUAGAUCUUAGCUACUAUGUAAUUAGUGAAAACCCCUCUCCCUCCCUUCCUCCUCACUCUCAUAGCCAUCAAAGAAUAUUUUCUUCUCUGUUUUAAACUAUUUUUCGAGUUCUUAUAAUAGUGGUCUCAGAUAAUAUUUGUCCUUUUGCAACUGACUAAUUUUACUCAGCAUAAUGCCUUCCAGAUUCCCCCAUGUUGUGAAAUGCUUCACGGAGUCAUCAUUGUUCUUUAUUGAUGCGUAGUAUUCCAUUGUGUGAAUAUACCAUAAUUUAUUUAUCCAUUCAUCCAUUGAUGGGCACCUUGGUUGCUUCCAUCUUUUUGCUAUCGUAAACAGUGCUGCAGUGAACAUGGGUGUGCAUAUAUCUGUUCAUGUAAAGCCUCUUAUUUCUCUAGGAUAUAUUCCAAGGAGUGGGAUUGCUGGAUUGUAUGGUAGUUCUAUUUCUAGCUUUUGGGAAAAAAAAAAAAAAAAUUUUUUUUUUUUUUUAAGGAAGCACCAAAUCAAUUUGCAAAGUGGUUAUACCAUUUUACAUGCCCACCAGCAGUGUAUAAGUGUUCCAGUCUCUCCACAACCUCUCCAACAUUUAUUAUGUUGUGUUUUUUGGAUUAAUGCCAGCCUUGUUGGACUGAGACAAAAUCUCUUUGUAGGUUUAAUUUGCAUUUCUUUAAUGGCUAAUGAUUAUGAGCAUUUCCAUAUGUAUUUGUUAGCUACCUGAAUGUCUUCUUUUUUUUUGUCUUCUUUAGUGAAGUGCCUGUUCAUAUCCUUUGCCCAUUUUUAAUUGGGUUAUUUGUCUUUUUGUAAUUGAGUUUUUGCAGUAUCAUGUAGAUUUUAGAGAUCAGACACUGAUUGGAAAUAUCAUACCUAAAAAAAUUUUCCCAGUCUGUAGGUAAUCUUUUUACUCUUUUGGUGAAGUCUUUAGAUGAGCAUAAACCCAUUGCCAUCGAGAAAAUUCUGACUUACAGUGACCCUAUAGGACAGAGUAGAACUGCCCUGUAGAGCUUCCAAGGAGCGCCUGGUGGGUUCAAACUGCCAACCUUUUGGUUAGCAGUUGUAGCGCCUAACCACUACUCCACCAGGGUUUCCUUAGAUGAGCGUAGGUGUUUGAUCUUUAGGAGCUCCCAGUUAUCUAGUUUCUCUUCUGCAUUGUUAGUAAUGUUUUGUAUACUGUUUAUGCCACUUAUUAGGGCUCCUAGCGUUGUCCCUAUUUUGUUUUCCAUGAUCUUUAUCAUUUUAGAUUUUAUGUUUAGGUCUUUGAUCCAUUUUGAGUUUGUUUUUGUGCAUGGUGUGAGGUAUGGGUCUUGUUUCAUUUUUUUGCAGAUGGUUAUCCAGUUAUGUCAGUACCAUUUGUUAAAAAGACUGUCUUUUCCCCAUUUAACUGACUUUGGGCCUUUGUCAAUAUCAGCUGCUCGUAUGUGGUUGGAUUUAUGUCUGGAUUCUCAAUUCUGUUUUACUAAGUCAUUUCUGAUUCUGAAUUGUGACCUGCUGUUUCCCUAAUAAAUCCCAUAAUCAUGCAUAUUAUCUAUGAAUUCUGUGUGGCCAUUGCAAGGAAUUAUCAAAGCCAGCAGAGGAGUGCUGUGGGAGGGACAACUGGUGUCAGCAUUGUCAAAAAGGUUGGAGAGAGGGUAUGUCUGACCUCUGCCUUGUAGGAAUCAGCCAUGGGCUGAUACUGAUAAUGAGUCCCUACCCCCUCCCCCACCAUGUGAAGUUAGACAAGGAGGUUCGAUGCCAUUUUUACAACACUGUAUGAUUCCGUUCAUAUAAAACUAAUGCAGACUAAUCUAUAGUAAUAGAAGGUGGUUACCUGGAGAUGGGAGGGCAGAAUGUGGCUGAAGAAAAGGAUUCCCAAGUGGUAUUAGGAAACUUCUACAGAUGAUAUAUAUGUUCACUGUCUUGAUUGGGAUGGUUUUUCUGGAUGUAUAUGUAUGUCAAAAAUUACCAAAUUUUAUAUUUUAAAUACAUGCAGUUUACUAUAUAUAUAUUAUACCUUAAUAAAGCUAUCUAAAAAUGUACAAAUAAAUGCAUGAAAGACAUAUGGCAAAACUUCCCCAGAUUUCUUUAAUUUGAAGGAAACUGAGAAGUUUCCCUAUGCAAAUUGUUAUGGCAUUGUUGCCUACAGUUAGUAAUCAUUAAAUCUCAGAGCCUGAGGGUGAUAUAGUACUUACCUUUUGCAAACUCUCCUUGUACCAAUAAGGAAAGGUAAGAACUGUAGAGGGGAAGUGACUAAGGUCAGGCAUCUAGUUUAUAGAGAGUACUGACUAGAAAGCAAGUCUCUUGGCCCAAGCCUGGUGCCCUUACCUAAAACUGCAAAAUUCCUUUUACCUAGCUGUGUUCAUUCAUGCACAGAUGCUUUUUUUCCCCUUACUCUCAAUACAAGGACAACUAGACCAGUUUAACAAGAGCAUAGGGUGAGUGAGGGACAGUGUUGGUGCAUAAGAUUAGAAAGGCAGGUUGGAAUGAAGUCUGAUGUUAUAUGACUUGAUAACAUGAAAUACUUUGACUAGCUCUUCCUUUCUUCCUUUAUCCCUUCCUUCCUCGCUCCGUCAUUCACUUUCUCCCCUUCCUACCCUUUCUUCUUUUCUUUCUAAUUACUUUGUUGAUGUCAGCAACUUUUCCCCAUGAAAGAAAGGUAGAAGUUUGUUUAUUUAAAACAAAAGCUUUUUAUUUAUUGGGUUAAGUAAAACAAAAUGGUCAUAGCUGUAUUGCCUUGAGCUUAACAGUGAGCAUUCUGCGUAAGGAGUUCCCAAAGAUACAUCACAGUAUGAGUGCACAAACAGUGGAGCUUAGAGUUACCGUAUCUGGAUUCAGGUUCUGGUUCUUCUCUCGACUAGCUUUAUGACUGUGGGAAGCGGCUUUACCUUUUGGAGACUCUGGUUUGCUUUGCCUUAAAAAAAAGAUGAUGAUAACAUGGCCUCCUCCCUUAUAAGGUUACUGAUGGCUCAAUUCAAUUCAGUAGAACUUUUUGAGUUCAUAAGAACUCAACUAAGAAAUGGAAGUGGCGAAUCUCUCCCCUCAAGGAAUGUCUAGUGAAGAUAUGUGUGGAACGAAUUCUAAUGUUCUGUGAUAGGCUAUUUAAAGUGGUAUAAACAAGGACCUGUAGGAGUGCAAAGAAAGGGUUACUUAACUGUGCUUGGAGUUUUGAGGACAGUUUCAAAGAGGCAACAUCCAAACUCAACCUUAAAAUUUAAGUGGGAUUUUUCGUAAAGAAAGGAGCAGUUUUAUAAUAAUAAUGGAAGUAAUAUCUUGUGUUUGUUUAGCACUUUAGUACUUUAUUAGACAUAAAUUAGAGUGGUCUAAAAACUAUAAUUUAGGGAUGUAAGGGACUAUUAUUGCUGUCCCAGGGAUUGCCGUUUUUACUUUAAGCUUCUCUUUUGAUAUGGCUGGGGAAUUUUGACCUCAAAUUGCAGCAACUCAGCAAAGUUUGUUUCUGUAAAAAUUCUGAGGGGAUGUUUCCAUAUUGGAAGGACCAGAAUGCCUAAGAGUUUGGCUUCCACUGGGGAAAGACAAGGGUGAGUUAAAAAGAAAUCAGGAGGGACAUGGGAAGAGAAAAAAAGGGUAUUAAGUCUUUGCAAAAAGAUGGCCUGAUUUAUAAUUGUGGACCAACUAGAUGAGUAAAAAUGGGGCAACAUGGAAGCCUGGACAUUUCUUGCUAUUCCAACAUGGAGCAGGAGACUCAAUCUUUGUGAAAGGUCGCAACCUGAAAAUUCUCCAGGCUGAUCCUGAUAGACUUGACAUAUCUCCUGGGUGAGGAUUAGACUCACAGCUCCAGCUUAAUGUGCUGGGUUCUCUAGACCCUUGCCUUGGUACAAAACAUCAUCUGUGAGGUGUUGUUACAUGUUCGAUUGAUAAACUACUGAAGAUUAUUUAUGUGCGAAUAAAGUAGUAUUCUAGAGCUUGCAGAACAAUGGGAAAUAGAGGCAGGACUGUACCUAUAAUUUAGGGUAAAGACCAAUAAUGAGAUCCCAUAAAAAUAAAUAACCAUGAUGUUAAAUAGACUGCAAACCACUUGCACCUUGAGGCUUUUCUUAGAUUUUGUGCCAGUGAAAAAAAAAAAAACCAAAAAACAAAAUGUGGCAAUAGGCCUUGUGUUUUAUGCCAAAAAAGAUUCCUUGUGCACAAGAUUUUAUUUGUUUUAAUGUAAUCAAAGAGACUCCCCUCUAAAAAUAGUUAAAGGGAGAAAAACAAAAUCCAUCCAGCUAUAAAGAAGCAGCCCAGUUUGGAGCAGAGCUUUAAUCCACUCUGCCUGGGGUCAUACUGUUUUAUGCUGCUCUUGACUUUAUUUCAAAGCUGAUGUUGCUAUAUCUAAAAACCCUGCCUAACAGCUGUAAUUGUUUCGGUUUUAUUCACUGAGAAGUCAUUUCCAGUCAUGUUAGAGAAAUGGAUUUCAUUGUUUGUAAGCUACCUCUCAUCCUGUCCUCUAAAGAAAAAGCAUGUAUAUUGGAAAAAGCACUUUAGUAGGAGUUUGGAUGACAAGGGUUCUGAAACUUGAAUCUGCCAGGCCAUGCCAUUUUUGACUUCAGGUAAGUCAAGUCAUAGAUUUGAUCCUCGGUUUUCUCUUCUGUAAAAUGGGAAGAAUCAUACCCACCCAGCUACAUCAUAGGAUUGUAUCAGUUGAGAUGCUGGACAUGAGAGUGCCGUGAAAAUGACAUUCACUGUGGGCUUCUGAGUUGAAAAUAGACAGGAUUGUCCACAAAUAUUUUACAGGAAGCAAUUGGAGCUUUUAAAAAAGUGUUAAUGUUACGUGGAAGGGUGAACACAGCUUUAUUAUUAUUAUUUUUCCUCCCAACUACCCUGUAAACCCACUCUGUAGGGUUAGAUCUUCCUCUGCCUUAAAUAAAAAUCUCAUCUGGAUCCCAGAACUUGCUGUGCACUCCAAGAUAGUAAGGAGUCCCCUGUCUGAUUACCUGAGUCUCAAAAUAGCCUUGGCUCAGUUAUAAAUACAUAUAGGCUAGGGUAAGAAUCAAAACUCUGAAAAUCAUCCACAGGUAAUCUGUCUCCCUCCACCACCUGGAGCUUUCUAUAGAUAGGGCCUUGGGCCCAGUCACUUCUUCCUUUAUUCUUCCAUCUUCUCCCAUUCCCACACUGGCUUGUCUGGCUGCAGUCUGGCACUGGUUUGCCUUCCCGGAGGCACAUGUUUAAGCCUGGCCCUUCCUCUCUGCAGGUAAUCCAUGAAUACUUUAAAAGCCUCCAUUUCUGGGGUCUUCUCACUUGCAGUUCUCUUGAUGGGGAUAAAUGCGCCUCCUGAAGCUGUUAAUUUGUGAUUCUACCUUCAAAUCCCGAGCAUCAAAAGAUUUCUCACUGUUGAGGUCCCCUUGCCCCAACAGGGCAGGGUCUGAGACAACCCCAGGGUGCUUUCUCUUUUACUUGGCCCUCACCUCCUAAGGUAUCUUUGACCUGCUCUUAGUGGGUUAUAGUUACUUCCCCUAAUUAGGCCUCUUAUGUUUAGCCACCUAGCAAGCAGCUUGAACCAUAGUCUUUCUUUCACUCAUUAAAUUUUCUUGGCAUACGUCAGAUAUCAGUUCACGACGACCUUCAAGGUGUCCCUGGAAGGUACAAAUAGCUAACAGCUUGGCUACUAACCAAAAGGUUGUAGGUUAGUGUCUACCUGGAGUCUCCUUGGAAGAAAGGCCUGGUGAGCUACUUCCAAAAAAUCAGCUAUCACAAACCCUGUGGAGCACAGUUCUACUCUGACACACAUGAGGUUGCCAUUAUUCAGAGUCAACAUGAAAGCAACUGGUUUGAUUUGGGCUUACAGAAGAGUCCCUGAGUGGUACAAACAGCUAACAUACUCUAUGCUGCUAAUUGAAAGGUUGGAAGUUUGAGUCCACCAAGAGGCACCUCGGAAGAAAGAUGUGGCAAUCAACUUCCAUAAAAUCAGUCAUUGAAGGCCCUAUGGACUACAGUUCUAUUCUGACACACUUGGCGUGGCAAUGAAUCAGAACUGACUUGAUGGCAACAGAUUUUACUGGUUUAUGAUCCUCAAAGUGCAGAGGGCAUAUACCAAGCUAUCAAAGUGGACCACUGAAUUCCCUCUCGUUUCACUGAGAUGAUGGGAGCGCUCCCAACCCUUCUCCAUGAGGCGAGGCAUUGCACGCACACCUAAAAAUUCUGUUUAAUGAAAUCUUGCUUCCCAAUUCCAAACUCCUCUCUUAGCCUACCCAACAUCUAGUUUAUGAUGUGGAGAAAUAUGGUCC